CUCACCACCGGAUCACCAGGGCUGCAAUCUCCCCUCUCCCUGGGCAAAGGUAAGAAGGGAGGGGGGAAUAUAACUAAAAAAAGAAAUUAAAAUGCAUAUAAGUAGCCAUGUAUUUAAGUACAUGGUUUAUUUAUUUAUUUAAAAAAAAAAAUAUAUAUAUAUAUAUAUAUAUAUAUAUAUUUGCCUAUAUCUGCACCCUCACACACACACACUGCACCACAGACACGCACAUUAUGCCUUAUACACACACUGCACCCCUCUCUCUCACUCACACACACACACACACACAAAUACAAUGCAUCCUUCACACACUGCAGCCCUCUCACACACACACUACAUUCCUUGUAAACACUCUGGAUCCUCUACACACACACACACUAGAUCCCCUAUACACACUCUGGAUUCUCUACACAUACAAAAGAUCACCUGUAGACACACAGUGCACCCCCCCCCACACACACACACACACACACACAACAUGCCUUAUACACACUACACCACUUACAAACACUACAUCCCGUGUAAACACUCUGGAUCCUCUACACAUACACACAAGAGAUCCCCUAUAGACAUACACAUUUCUGACAUACACACUCUGGAUCACCUAUGCACAGACUAGAUGCUCUACACUCAAACACGCACACUACAUUCCCUAAACACACACUCUCUACAAUUCAUACAAACACUACAUCACUUACACACACACAUAUAUAUAUAUAUAUGCUACAGUCUCUUUGCACACACUUGUUUCACCACCUAUACACACACACACUCUCUCUCUCACACUCUUCAAUCCCUAGUCACACAUAUUACACCACAAACACAUCACAACUGAAACCGACCAAUUUACACAAAACACCAGACCACAAUCAUGCUCAUUCUACAAACAAGCAAUCCCACAAGCAGCCUCCAAACACAUGCACAAUUCACUUUACUUGCCAUUUUGUCCUCUGGUAUCUCACUUAUGGAGACACCAGAGACCGAAAAAAUGCAGGGCCUUUUUCUCAUGCUAGAGCUCUUCAGCAUAGCUCUGUGCAUGGGCUGCUCUGGAAGAGCAUUGUACCAAAAUGCCCGGGCUGAUUUUUUUUUCCUAGUCCCUGCCUGCUGAAAUUGAAAUUUUGCCCAAAAAAGGGUCAAAUCUGCCGAAAAUGACACGCUUCCCCUACCCAGAGUACUGCACGCAGGGUGUCAUUUUCGGCAGAUUUGACCCUUUUUUGGGCAAAAUUUCAGUGCAUCCCUAGUUAGUUUGGAAUGAUCUCCCUGAAGUAAACCCAUGUUGUCUCUGAUCUUGAAAUCAAUGUGAUUUUAGAUGUUCAACAAUCCUAUCCUUUAACAUGGUUUCCAUUACUUUCCCCACUACUGAAGUAACAAUCACUGGUCUAUAGCCCGACACCUCCCUACUACCUUUCUUGAGAAUUGCCACAACAUUCACUAAUUUCCAAACUUCUGGAACAACACCCAUUAACAAUGAUUGGUUAAAUAAAUCCAUUAAUAACUUUGGGUGUAGCCCAACUGCCCCUUAGUCUUUACUUUAGACCAGUGUUUCCCAACCCAGUCCUCAAGGCACACCUACCAGUCCAGGAUUUAGGGAUUACCCAGUUGUGUCUAAGGUGUUUUUACAAAGAAGAAAAAAAACACCUUAGACACAACUGGGUAAUCCCUAAAUCCUGGACUGGUAGGUGUGCCUUGAGGACUGGGUUGGGAAACACUGCUUUAGACAGCUGAAAUAGAACCUAUUUACUUUCCUUUUCUCACGUUUGCAUCUAAAAUGUUGUAGCUGACUUGGCUAUUUUCUUUUCUGGGUAAGUUUGGAAGCUUUUAUAACUUGCUUUGGUUCUUCCUGCCGAAUUGUAUCCAUCGAUACCACAGUGGUUUGUUCAAGUUUUUGCUCUUACUGACCAUCCGAGUUCUCUUGCCUUCACUAGUGCAACUUCUAAAAAAAUCCAAUUUCACCUGAACUCCAUUUAAACUGCUCCAGUCUGAUAAUGACUUCUUUACACAUAUUUUAUCUGAUAAUUAUAGUUAAAGGAACUCUAUAGUGUUCGGAAUACAAAACUAUAUUGUAGUUUUUUACAUAGCAGGGUUAAAGGGUUGUAGGCACCCAGAUCACUUUUUAUAAACCGCAAUAAUUACCUGCUGGGGUUAACUCCUCCCCUAGUGACGCUCUAACAGACAGAGGGACUUCCGCUGGACGUCCUUACGCUAUGAAUGAAGAUUUCCAGCGUCACUGGAAUUCCCAUAGGAAAGUAUUAAAUCCUAAUAUGAGCGCAGCCAUUACUGCACAUGCACAUUAGGUCUCCCCCGCCAUACAUAGGAGGGAAAAAGCAUAGGCGGAGCUGUGCCUACGUUGAGGGACAUCAGCGCUGCACCAGGUAAGUGACAGAAGGGGUAAUUAAUCUCAUCUGCACCAUGGGGGUGGGGGCAGUUUGUUUUCCUGACACUAUAGUUUCCCUUUAAGGGGACAGUGACACAGCACCCACACUACCUCACUGAGGGGAAGUGGACUAGGUGCCUAAAGUGUACCUUUAAUGUAUUGCUUUCUUCAAAUGUAAAUUAUUUAGAUUUAUUGCACUCACUACCACAUUUACUAUACAUAAUAUAUAUUAUGUAAAGUAAGUCUUUCCUGCAAGUUUGAGUACACUAAAGACAAGUUUAUGUUUUCCACUUAUGACUAAGGAUAAGUCAUCAUCAAACGCGUAGAGACUUUUCCUUUUUCGAACAAGUUUAGCUUUAUUUCAUGGCAUUUCAUUCUCAGGAACACUCUACUUGGUGCAAUGUCUAUAAAUGGAUAUAGGGUCACCAUACAACCAAAAACACAUCAUUAACCUUUACUCACCUGCUUGAAAGUGCUCGUGAGAAAGUAGAUGAGGGACAGCCCAAACACAAUACCAAGAACCCAUCUCUUGCGCAGAAUUUUCCUCCACACCAUAGAAAAUAAGUUAACCAUGGCAAAUAUUCCUGAAUUUAUGGCUACAGAGCCAAGUCUAUCCUAUAUUUUUAUUCUCCGCCAAUUACUGUUCAUCUAUAGCUAUACAACUAAUUGUAAAUCACACUUACAAUGGCGACCAUCGGCGGUCUCCAAAAAGUAGUCAUGACGCCAAAUAAUAUAUUACGCUAACCUGAGAUAUAAAUUGUUUACAUUGUAUUUAGCAAAUCUAGAAUGUCCUGUGUUUCUGAUAAAUUCGAAAGUGUGUGCAUAUAUAAAUAUACACUACACUUUCUGAGCAAAUAUAAUGUAUUUAAUGCCAAUAUUUAUUAUACUAGUGUUCUUGAAUUUCCCUUAGCACUUACAUAUAGCACACCUUCUAUACCUAUCUUUCAUUAUUAGAAGAAUAUAUUUAAAUAUAUAUAUUCUUAUAUACACACACAAUAUAUCAUUAACAAUACUGAUCUCUCCUUACACCUCCCCUAAAUGAAAAAAAGAAGAGACUAUGACCCGGAACCUUUAAAUGGUUAUUGGUCAUAGACCUGCCACUGGUUACUAUGCUGACAUUCGAACCCUGUUAGUAGCCCCGUUAGCCAACCCAAAUAGCCGACUGGCCCCGCUGACCCGGUACAGGAAUCAGCAGUGUAAGCAGCAGAGCUCUAAACACUAGAGUUUGGAUGAGUCGGCCAUCUUGCCGGCGUCGCAGAGCCGUAGACCGUUGUGUGGAAGGUGGCAAUGGAUAGGUGUUUGUUGUGCGUAGAGCUCGGGGGUACACCGUGCUGGGCUAGAGCUGAUUUAGAGUUGGAGGCUGACGUCAUCACCUGUGCGACGUGCGAAGCAGAGAAGGUGGGGUAAUUGGGGAAUUAUUGGUGAGAAUGAAGCCAAGUGUUGACAUGUAUGUGCUAUUAUGUGCUCGCUAUAUAGAGCUGUCCCUGAAGUAUAGAUGUAAUUCAAUGUAUUAUUAGACUGCCUUUACAGAGGUUAAUGUUGGACUGUCUAGAAUGUUGGACUCUCUUGGUAAACCUUUAUACAAGAUAACUGGAAAUAUAUGGUAUGUUUGUAUCGAUGUACACACAAUGUGCAUGUGGAUAUAGACAUGUCAUUUAUGUAUACAAUGUACAAUAGCCUUUCCAUUUAAUGAAAUAGUUUUUUUUUUUUUUUUAUUAAAAUGAAUAGUAAUUAACUAGACUUGCCAUAAAAUUGUAUAAUGCAUGAAACUACAAGUUGAUAUAGCAAGCAAUGUUGCUCUUUCUGUGGUUGUUAUGCAUAAAAAAAAUUUCUGGUGGAAAGUUAUUAACAAAAAAAAAAAGGUUCUAAUUUUUUUAUUAUUAUUAUUUUUUUUACAUAUAUGCAGAAAUACAAUUUUGAUUUCUUUUUCUCCCUACAUUGUUAUUUUCCAGCAAGUGAGAUGAACUGUGUCUGAUUUUUUUGAAAAGACCCAGAUGUCGACUUUCAAGUUCUUUAAAUCUUACAAAGUGUACUUGCAGAAAGUUCAUGUAUAAAGCAACGUUGAAACUGGAAGACGUCUACCUGCUCAUUUUCCCUUUUAGACAAUACAUUUUAAAUGUAUUGUUUUAAGGUCUUGAAAACAAUGCAGAGAAGACAUAGCAGCCUCACAGACAACCCUCCUCCAGAGAGGUAAGCUAAGACUAUCUAUUAGUAAUAAAUAAUUGGUGCACUAAGAAAUAUACUUAAUAUGGGUUAUUGUGUGUCUUGCUUGGGUAUAAAUGACCUAUUAUGAGAAAAAAACAAAUAUACAUUGAUUAGCCUCAACAUGCCUCAUUGUGUAGGUCACCCUCGUGCUACCAAAAUAGCUCUGCAUCAAGGCAUGGACUCCUCAAGACCUCUGAAUGUGUCCUGUGUUAUCUGGCACCAAAACAUUAGCAUCAGAUCCUUUAAGUCCUGCAAGGUGGUGCCUCCAGAUACAGCACAUCUCACAGAUGCGCAAUCGGAUUGUGAUCUGGGGAAUUUGGAGGCCCACAGCAAUACUGAACUAUUUUUAUGUUCCUCAAACCAUUCCUAAACAAGUUUUUCAGUGUGACAGGGAGCAUUAUCCUACUGAAAGAGGCCACUGCUAUCAGGGAACACCAUAGACAUGAAAGGGUGUAUAUAGUUUGCAACAAUCUCUAGGUAAAUGGAAUGUGUUAAAGUAACAUCCACAUAAAUGACAGUACCCAAAGUUUCCCGACAGAACAUUGUCGAGAGCAUAACCCUGCCUCCACCAGACUGCCUUCUUCCCUCAAGUGCAAUGACGCACACAAACCUGUUAUCCACCUAAUCUAAAGAAAUACCGUGAUUCAUCAGACCAGGCAACCAAAUUCCAUUGUUCCACGGUUCAUUUCUGACGCUCACGUCCCCAUUGAAGGUGUUUUCAGUAGUGGACAGGGCCAGCAUUAUGUUUUUCAUCAAUUUGAGGUACAGUAGCUCUUCUGUGUGAUCGGACCAGAUGGGCAAGCCUUGGCUCCCCACUUUGGUAGAUAUUAACUACUGCAUACUGGGAACACCCUUUAAGACUUGCCAUUUUGGAAAUGCUCUGACCCAGUCAUCUAGCCAUUACUAUUUGACCCUUGUCAAAGUCACUCAGAUCUUUUUGCUUUAACAUUUUUCCUGCUUACAACACUAAAAUCCAAGAACUGACUAAUAUGUACUACCCCUUGACAGGUGCCAUUGUACCGAUAUAAUCAAUGUUUUUCACUUCACCUGUCAGUGGUUUUAACGUUGUGGCUGAUCAGUGUAGAUAAUGUGAUACUGCAAUUAAAAUAAACCCAUGUCCCUUUAAAAUAGACUCACAAGAUGGGAGUGGUCUAGCACUACUCACACCUGCUGGCACUGGGAGGAUCAGACUCUGGCUUCCAAUGGACCAAUGAUUAACUUUCUCUCUAAUGAUUGAGAUAUAGGGUAAAGUCGAAGUACCGAUAUACUUUAUUUCCAAGCUGAUUACAGUGUUUAAAAUGCUGUACAUUGCAGGGUUAAAUUAAAGGGUCACUGCACCCAGACCAUUUUAUUGAGAUGUGGUCUGAGUGCCUUUAGUUGUCCUAUAAAUGAAAAUUAUUUAAAUGUUUACCUCUUUUUGAUUAAAUAUUCAUGGCUUUAAUAUGUGAUAUUUUAAAAUGUAAUAUGAAAAUAUUUGGUUUUUCAAUAAAAUAUUUUUAAAAGUAGUAUAAUUAUAUUUUUAUUUGUGACCUAAUUUUUAGACCAGUAUGUAAAAAAUUAUAGAAAAUUAGCUUUCUUAAUAUGAAGAGAUUCAGAUGUUUAAUAUGCAGAGUCAAAAUGUUCUAAACCCAAUACAUUUUAGUUUUUAUGGUAUCUAGACUGUUCUUUUAAAGAGACUUGUCCAGUAGUGUAAUAUUUGAUUUGAACUACUAGGGUCAUAUUGCACAUUCGGUACCGCAGUCAGAUUGACAACCACCAUUUUACAGUGCUUCCCAACAGAAAAAUGGUUUUAUAGUGUGCUUUCAUUAGACAUUCCGAAAUUUGAACUUUGUCAGUUGAAAAAUCCUUUUUGAAAAGUUAGUUUGUGCAAUGAGCAGUUAAGGUUUAUUUUGUAUCAAUGGAACAAUUUAACCCCUUAAUGACCACUGACGUAUGAGGUACGUCUGACAAAAAACUGUCCUUAAAGGACCACUCUAGGCACCCAGACAACUUCAGCUUAAUGAAGUGGUCUGGGUGCCAGGUCCUUCUAGGGUUAACCCAUUUUUUCAUAAACAUAGCAGUUUCAGAGAAACUGCUAUUUAUGAAUGGGUUAAGCCUUCCCCCUAAUCCUCUAGUGGCUGUCUCAUUGACAGCCACUAGAGCGCUUGCGUGCUUCUCACUGUGAUUUUCACAGUGAGAGCACGCAAGCGUCCAUAGGAAAGCAUUGUAAAUGCUUUCCUAUGCGACGGGCUGAAUGCGCGCGCAGCUCUUGCCGCGCGUGCGCAUUCAGCCCAGGAGGAGGAACGGAGGAGGAGAGCUCUCCGCCCAGCGCUGGAAAAAGGUAAGUUUUUAACCCUUUCCCCUUUCCAGUGCCAGGAAAACGAGUAUGUUUUACAUACAUCCGCUGUAAAUUUAAGCGCUGGAAGCGAUCGUAAUCGCUUCCAGACACUCUAUGGGUAUUACACAAUGCCUCGCUAUCGAGGCAUCGUGGAAUACCCCGCCUCCCCCCCUACACUGCCGGGCACCCAAGUGAUUGCUCCCCCUGGAGCUUCAGGCAGGCUUCCGAUGCUCUGCCUGUACUGAGUGCCUCGAGCAGCCGAGGCACUCAGUUAAAAUAAAAAAUAAAAAGUUAGAUUAAAAAAAAUAUUUUUUUUAAAAAUUAACCCCUCCCUCUGCCUCCCCCUCAUGUACUUGCCGAUCGAAUUUAGGACCCACAGGGGCCAUGUGACCGCUCUAAAAGUACAGGUGUCCACAGUGCUACCAGCAGGGGGACUGCCUGAAACGUCAUACUAAGUGUAUUUUUUUAUUAAAAUAUAUAUAUAUAUAUAUUUGUUAAUAUAGAAAUACACUUAGAGUAAAAUUACACACGUGUAUAUUUAUAAUAAAUAUAAUAACUAUAUAUAUAUAUAUAUAUAUAUAUAUAUAUAUAUAUAUUUAUUUUUAUAAAUAAUUAAAAUAAACCUAAAUAUUUUUUUAAAAUAUAUGUAAUUUUAUUCUAACUGUAUUUUGAGAUAUAUAUAUAUAUAUAUAUAUAUAUAUAUAUAUAUAUAUAUAUAUAUAUAUAUAUUGUGAGCGUAAAAGUGGAAUUGUGAUUGACGGAAGAUACAUCAGGCCUGAUUUGUUAAACAGCAACCUGAGAAUUUUCAGUUAAAUGCCCCAGGGAGAGAUGUUAGAGUUUGCAAUCUACAUUGCUGAGGUUCUGCAAAACAUGGUAUGGGUCCCUGGGGCGGAGUAUUUGGAGAGCAGGGUGGGCCAAUGCUCCAACAGCAUUAGUUGCUGUGUAACAGACCACUAUUUGGAUCUGACUUAUGAGUUAAUUAAUUGGCACUCACCUGUAGCUAGCUAAUUAGUAGACAGGCCUUUAAAAGAAGAGGGCAGCCUGCUGCAGAGUGAGGGAGGAAAAGACAGCUAGGAGAGUGAAUGACAAUUGUGUUUAUUGCAAAGACAUUUCUUUUGUUUGGAAAAUUGGUAAGUGGGAAAGCCACCCAAUUGCAGAUAGCAAUUCCUGUCUAGUAAGAGCUCAAGUAAGAGCAAGGGAUUUUGUUUGUUUUGUUAUUAUUUAAAGCACCUGUUUUCUUAUUGAAUAAAAAGGAAAACCGAGCUGAAUGUGUCCUGGACUUUGUAUACCCUAAAAGGCUGUGGUUACUGCAAGAUCUGUGACAAUCCUACCUAUAAAAGAGGUGGUUUGUUACAAUAUAUAUGUGUGUGUGUGUGUGUGUGUGUAUAUAUAAUAUAUAUAUAUGUAUAUAUAAUAUAUAUAUGUAUAUCCCCUUAACGACCUUGGACGUACUAGGUACGUCCGACAAAAAGCAGUCGUUAAGGACCGCGGAUGUACCUAGUACGUCCGCAGCAAAUAGGAGCCCUGGAUUUACCUGUACCGGCGAUCACAGUCGGGGAGGGACUGGCGGAGACCCCAACAGUCCUCCUGCAGCAGCUCUGGCCCUCCAGGGCCAUGUGAUCACCAUGAUCACAUCUCUGCAAUAGGACUCUAGGAGCUGCCAGCAGGGGGGAAAAGUUAAAAAAAAUAUAUAUAUAUUAUACAUUUACAGGUGGUCCUCAUUUAGCGACCUACCUGUUUUACGAUGGCGCGCACUUACGUCCAGGCGUAAAUGCGAGCCGUCGUGGGGAUUCCCUGCUCUGGUAUGCAUGUCUGUGUUCGGGGAAACUUCCCCAAAUAUAGACAAAUGCACCAGAGCAGGAAAUCUCUCAAAUCUAUGUUCGUGGAAAUCUCCAUUUUGAAUGCCCUGGGUUGUCUACAUUUGAAAAUGGUAUGCCAUGAUGGGGUUAUUUCCCAUUUUUGGGCUACCAUAUAGUCUCAAAAGGCAACACAGACCCAGCAAACCAAUCUGGCAUACUGAAUUGGGCAAGCCCUAUAUUGACCCUGUAACUUUCCAAAACACCAUAAAAACUUAUAAACACAUAAAAGGAACUGAGAAUCCAAGCCUAAAAUACAAUGUGAGAGAAAAAGAAAACAAAAAAUUGACUACCCAAAACUUUGACAAAGACUGGUGGUAGAAUUAUUUCAUGUAAAGUGUUAAAAUAUCACCUUUUGAAAUGCCCUAGGGUAUCUACUUUUUAAAAAUAUAUGGUGUGAUGCGGGUAAAUUAAUUCCCCAAAUAGGACAUGGGUGCAUGAUGACCAGCUGUGAAAAUUCAAAGUUGGAAAACUGGAAUGCGCACGCGCUAAAUAAGGUAUUUUAGCCCCCAGAGAACCCAACACACCUAUACAUGGGGGGUAUCACUGUACUCAGGAGAUGUUGCUGAACACAUAUUGGGUAUUUCUAAACUCAGGACAAAAUUUAGAAACUAUGGGUGUUUUUUGGCGGUUGUAGAUGCAUAACAGAUUUGGGCGGUCAAAGUUAGAAAAGGUGUGGGUUUUUUUUUUUAAUUUUUAUCAUAUUUUAUAAAAAUAAAUUUAUAGUAAAUUAUAUGAUAUGAUGAAAAUAAUGGUAUCUUUAGAAAGAUCAUUUAAUGGCGAGAACAACGGUAUAUAAUAUGUGUGGGUACAGCUAAACACAAACAUAGCAGAAAUGUAAAAACGGCCCUGGUCCGUUACGGUAAGAAAAUUGAAAAACGGUCUGGUAACUAAGGGGUUAAAGAAAUAUCCCAAGCACCAUAACCAGUACAGGUCGCUUUUAUAAUGGUUUGUUAUGUUACCUGCCUGUCUGACUGUUGCUGCUUGGUGCCUCGUUCCGCUUCUACUGCUGACGUUGGCUCUCAUGUUCUCAAUGUGAGGCUUAGCUCAGAGAGGUAGCUUAAGGCUCUCUGUCGUCAGUAGUGAAGUCAUUGAGUGGCAUCUGGAAAUCAAACCUUUCUAAAAAAUCAAUUUACAAUUGGAGGAUGUGUUAAUACUGUACUCUGAUACAAAAUACUGAUUUUUUUUUUUAAUUUUUUUUUUUUUUAAUUUUUUUUUUAUUUUUUUUAACCUUUUUGGCACCUGUACUCCAGAGAAAAUUCUGCUUUUAACUUAAUUGCUACUUAAUAAAAUAAAUUGGUUUUCAGGAGUCGCAACCAGAAUUUGAGUUCAGAUUCCAAUGUGGAUGAUGGAGUCUUUAAUGGCAUGAAGCAAGACGCCCCUUCCUCCCAGCAUCUUUUUUCAAGUCUGGCCGGUCUCCAACCUGGGCCAAUAACCGUCCAGUCUGGUUUAGUGCUUGGCUCCUCAGCUGGAGGUGGUGAGGUGUUCAUACAGAUGCCACCUCCUCUUCGAGAAGAGUCUGGAGUACGUUCAGAGACAAGCCCUUUCAUUCACCACCACCAUCAUCACCGGCCACAGCCACCGUCACAUCUUCAGCAACAUAGUUUUCAGCACCCUCAUUCUCGACCCUCAUUGCUGCAUGCAGCUUCCGGGGAACGUCACAGAGAGGAGAGUAAUGAAGAGCCUGGCACGCCCGCACCUGCUCUGUCAGAGCUCAGGGCCAUUGUCUCCUGGUUGCAGAAGGGGCUCCCAUUCAUACUUAUCCUGUUGGCUAAGGUCUGCUUUCAGCAUAAGCUGGGUAAGUGUACACUUAAAGGUAACUUAUAGUGAGCUCCCAAACCAACAAACAUUUAUUAUAAAUGCUAAUUAUAGAUUUAAUUCCUUUAAGAGCAGUUAUAUACUUAUUUCCUAUCUCUCUAUCCAGCACUGUUGUUCCCAGGGGUCCCUAUGUGUUUUACUGUUAACAAGAAUGUUGGCUCCUUCUCUUGAAACCAUGCUUACCUGUCUAAUAACCAAAUGUUGUCCUGCAGGCAUAGCUGUGUGCAUCGGAAUGGCCAGCACCUUUGCUUAUGCUAACUCCUCUGUGAAACAUCAGGUUUCUUUAAAGGUAAGAUUAUGUAUAGUGUUCUGUGAAGACAAUAUUUUGAUAUUCUAAUAGGAAUGUCACACCACUGUGCUAAAACUCUUAUAAUGCAUAUCUAGCUUCAUAAGUUGAUUGAAGAUGAUUGGUGGGUAAUCAGUAUUCAAAGCUGACUAUACCUAGAACAGCCUUGACCUAGGAGUUUUCAUGCCAAGGAGUAGUUUUGAGAGUGUUAAUUUAUACAAUAAACAUCAUAAAUAACUGCUAACCAUGUUAGUCUGAGAGACGGGAAAGAAGUAAAGAAAGUCUUAAAAAAAGUUCAUUGCCGAUUUACUCAUAUGCAAAAAUGUUUUGAUAUUUAUUUCAAUAUUGGCUAUAGUAUGCUUGCUUGUAAAACAUACCUGCAGUGCCCAUUUGCAAAUUAAUAUGUUUAGAUCUGUUCAUUUGGUUUUUAAGUGGACGUAGACAAGAAUAAAUAAAACUGAAUAUUUAAACUUUAAUAAGGGUGUAAUAAGAACGUUCAGAAUGUGCCUAAUUUUUGCAGCCAAUUUGGGAAGUGGUCCGAACAUGAAGCAUCUAUGGAAGUCUGUACUAGGUUAAUGGCUUUCUGUUAAUGUAGUGCUGUCAUGUAUGUUUUACUUUGAGUGAUCAGCUUCUUAGUUUUGCACUCUAGCUUACUGUGUCAUAGUAAUGCUGAUUUAGCUAUACAGUACUUUGGUUCACAAAAGGGAACAUAAAUGAUGCAUUGAGCAUCAUGCUCCCAUGGUAACAAAUGUAACUAAAGAAUACUCACAGGGUCCAUUACUUUGCAACUUAAGGGCCAUCAACCAGACUGCCUGAAAGGAGACAGACACUGUUUAUCUAAGCAUAUUUGACUUUUACCGUAUUUUCCGGCAUAUAAGACGACUGGGCGUAUAAGACGACCCACAACUUUUCCAGUUAAAAUAUAGAGUUUGGUAUAUAGUCGCCGUAUAAGACUACCCCUCUUCCAAUGCACACCAAAUAAAAAUUAGCCAUGAUGUACAGUGAGCAGACAGAGCUACACAGCAAGACAUUAAAGGACCACUAUAGUGCCAGGAAAACAUACUCGUUUUCCUGGCACUAUAGUGCCCUGAGGGUGCCCCCACCCUCAGGGUCCCCCUCCCCUCCAGCUCUGGGGAGAGGAAAGGGGUAAAAACUUACCCUUUUCCAGCGCUGGGCGGGGAGCUAUCCUCCUCCGUUCCUCCCAUUCGGCUGAAUGCGCACACGCGGCAAGAGCUGCGCGUGCAUUCAGCCGGUUUCAUAGGAAAGUAUUUACAAUGCUUUCCUAUGGACGCUUGCGUGCUCUCACUGUGAUUUUUCACAGUGAGAAUCACGCAAGCGCCUCUAGCGGCUGUCAAUGAGACAGCCGCUAGAGGAAUUGGAGGAAGGAUUAACCCAUUUGUAAACAUAGCAGUUUCUCUGAAACUGCUAUGUUUAUAAAAAAAAAAAAAUGGGUUAAUCCUAGCUGGACCUGACACCCAGACCACUUCAUUAAGAUGAAGUGGUCUGGGUGCCUAGAGUGGUCCUUUAAAUAAUGAUAAUCUGAAAUAGCAUUUAAAGCCCAGGUAUGUGCCAGGCUGUUUGGGCAUAUAAUCCAUGCCUGCUGGUCUAGCACACAGGAGGCUAAUUGCGAUAUAUUCUUUUUAAUCCCCCCUCCAUUCUUUUUAAUCCCCCCUCCAUUCUUUUUUAAUCCCCCUCCAUUCUUUUUUAAUCCCCCUCCAUUUUUUUAAUCCCCCUCAUUUUUUUUAAUCCCCCCCAAUUCUUUUUUAAUCCAUUCUCUCCCCUCCAUUCUUUUUUAAUCCCCCCUCCAUUCUUUUUCCAUUCUUUUUUAACCCCCCCCUCCAUUCAUUCUUUUUAAUCCCCCCUUCCUAUUCUUUUAAUCCCCCCCCUCCUUUUUAAUCUCCCCUCCAUUCUUUUUAAUCUCCCCUCCAUUUUUUUAAUUCUCUAUUCUUUUUAAUCCCCCCUCCAUUCUUUUUUAAUCCCCCUCCAUUCUUUUUUAAUUCUCCUCCAUUCUUUUUAAUCCCCCUCCAUUUUUUUUUUACUCCUCCCCCACUCCCACCCUCCAUUCUUUUUACUCCCCCCUCCCUCCUUCUCACCUCCCCUUCCCUGUGCAGAGUGGGUGGCCGAGCUCCUCUUCGUCCUGUCAGUCCGACCAGGUACCGCACGGUACAGGGGAUUCAGUUACCUGUUCCCGGCCGGACUGAAAGGAAGUGAGCACUCAGUGUGCACUUCCUUUCAGUCCGGCCGGGAACAGGUAACCGAAUCUCCUGUACCGCGCGGUACCCGGCCAGACUGACAGGACGAAGAGGAGCUCGGCCACCCAGUCUGCACAGGGAAGGGGAGGUAAGAGAGGCAGUGCGGCAGCCGUCUGAGCGCUCUCUAUAGAGCGCUCAGGCAGCUGCAGCAUUAGAAAGGCCAUAUACCCGGCGUAUAAGACGACCCCCCACUUUGUAAAAGAUUUUCCAGGGGUAAAAAGUCGUCUUAUACGCCGGAAAAUACGGUAUAUACAUUCCCAUUAUUUAUUUAUUUUUUGACUACACCAGCAGUAUUUUAGGGAUGAUUUAUAAAGACAAUUCUCAGUCCUCUCAUUUUGGAAACAGUUGGUCAUUUCCACAGAGGGACGUAUGAUAUGAGUAAAUAUUUAGAGAUAUGGGCAUGUUAUUUCUGUUAUUGGUACUCUAAACAAUUUAUAGUAUCCAUAUAUCCUGUAGUGUUUUAGAGUUGUGCAGUUGGUAAAUAUGGAGCAGAAACUAACUGACAGACAAAAUAAUGUUGACAGUGGUGAAAAGAGCCCUUCUCAAACAAGACUUUCUCAAUCGUACAAUUAGAAAUCCUUCUUUGUCUGGUGCUCAAUGUUCAGCACAGUUAUCAACCACAAUUCACUAUUUGGGGAAUGAACCACAUUCUCGCACACCAAAGUUUUUUUCUCUCUCUCUCUUUCUCUUUACUUUCACUUAAUGUCAUUAGUGUUGUUUUUAAAAAAGGGGGGGUUUGUCUAAACUCCAAUUUCUAUAUCAGAUGGAUUGGCUGACCAUGCUAGCCAACAAAGAACUCAUUGACAAAAAAAUGUCUUGACUUGGACAUUCUUACUUGGGAUGAUACUUUCAGAUCCAAGGUGAGAAGCACGUUGACGUACACAGUGUGGUUCUCGGCAGAGGUGGUGGCAGGUUGUGACCACCUUCGUAACACUCCUACUUGGCUGACAAGCAUCUUCUCAUCCAGACAACUACUUGACUUGGGAGGACUAUGGGGUAACAUGAUGAGCUGACAUCGAGUUUAGUUGUGUUUAGUGUUCUUGUUUGUACAGUUUCCCAAAAACUCAACACUAAGCGUCCUUCUCUGCACCAGUGAAUUUUAAAAAGGAUCCAAAGGUUGUAAACUCUACCCCUUACUAAACUUUCGAUAAUUGUGCUCUUACCUAUUUAGCACUACACUCGCAUUUCUUUCCUUAACACAAGAAAGCAUGGUAUCACUGUGGUCUUGUCGGGGUAUCGAACCACUUGCCGGGGAAUUUGAUGUUAUUCAGGUGUGAAUUACAUGCCAAUCUGUUGCCUCAAUCGGCAGUCCAAUAGAGAGAAUGACACCACCACUUGCUAUUUGGACAUCCCAGCGAAGUGGUUUGAUCCCUCCUUUCAGGUUUGCAAGAGAUGUGCUCAAUUCAUACCUUUCCAGACUAUUCAGGUACUCAUUGUGUAAAUAGUGGUUAGGGUCAGACCAACAAAUCUCUUACAACAAUUGUUGAGAUGUCACAUCGACAUCCUCAGAUGCACCAAACAGACUGAGCAGAUUGCUCAUUAUCAGCAACUUAGUAGGACUGGACGUUUUGAGUUUUAUUUUUCUAUUUUUUUUGGUGGCGGGAGAACAACUUAUUCUCCGGUGGUUGUUCUUCCCCCACCAUGGCAUCACGCGCCCCCACACACACACACACACCUUCUUUUCCACCAUCCCUUCCUCUUUUUUUCUCACUUUUUUAGUUUUGUUUUCCUAUAAUCAGAAACUGAAAAUGAGAAUGUUUAUUACUGUAUGCUAUCAUCUUCGAUAUUUUGAUUUGUAUCUUUGAGGACACUUCAAUAUGUCUUUGUACAACGUCUACAAACAUUCUCGAUAAAACAGUUUGAGGAAAAAAUCCUUAGCAGUGCCAUUUUACCUGCUACAAUAGUCAUUCCAAACUCUAGGAAAAUAUAUUACCCAUAAAGAAAUUGUAUAAAAUAUGCAAAGCUUUGUGGAAAUCAAUUAUUUGUAAUCAUAUCAUUAUAAUAGUGACCUGGUCAAUACAGUCCUAGUGAUUGAUGUGAUGAAGGUUGCCUAACCCGUGCAGGAGCCAGAAUAAAGUAGCAGGCAAGUGGGCGACUUUCCAUUAAAUGCCUUUCCGUACUUGAAAUUCAUAAGAUUGUCUUGAGUAUAGUAUGUUUCUCUGGACCUGUUAUUCAUUUAGACCUUUAAACAGAUUCUAUUCUGCCUGCAAUAACUAUUGUACCACUACUCCUUUUACACUUUCUUUCCCUUUGAUUAUCAUUCUCUGUUCAUUUUCCCCCAUCAUGUUCAGUAUUCAGUUUGAUAUUUGUUCAUCUUCUUUGAAAUUCAUUAGCUGUUACUCAUACAUCACUAAGUAAACCUCACUCUAGUGACCUCCAUAUACCUUGUCAGACACAUUAUGCCAGAAAAUAUGAAUAUUAUUCUAUUACACACCCUACAGGUCAUUGUGGACGUGGUCAUAUUUAUUUAUAAAAUAUUUUACCAGGAAAGAUACAUUGAGAUUUCUCUCGUUUUCAAGUAUGUCCUGGGUCCACAAAUCAUUGCAUUGUUACAUUAGGUACAACAAAAUACAAAAACAAUAUUAAUACACAAUAUAUACAAAAUUUAACAUAGAACAGGCAGGAAAUAUAUAAUCAACCGUGACCGGUACAUUAUGUUUUGAGGUAUGUAGAGAGGGAUCUCUUAAAUGACUUUAGGCUUAGGGAAGAUUUUAAAUUGUGCGGGAGGUCGUUCCACAAUUGCGGUGCUCUAUAGGAGAAGGAGGAUCGGGUCGCUUUCUUUUUGUAUUGAGGUAGACUAAGUAAAGUGCUUGUACUGGAUCGGAGCUUAUAGAAAGCUUAUAUAAUAAUUAAUAUCCAUAUGAAUAAUUAUAAUUUUUACUAUUGAGAUGGGCAAUAACAUUAUACAUUUUUAUUAAAUAUUUUAAAUAUGUUGUCCCAUAAUUAUCCCUACAACCUUUAUUGUUUUUGUAUAGUACAAUAUAUGCAAACACUAACUUAUCAAAAAUUUAAAUUACUAUACCAACAGUACAAAAUGUUUUCCCUCUUUUAAUAUCAGAUCCCCCCACACUGCUUUCAAAUUCAGCUUGUUUCCCAAAUCUAUAAAAAUCAACAUGAGGCAUAAAAAUCAGUUAAUGUUUUAUUUAUUAAGCAUAUUUUCCAAAACACUUUUUUAUUUUACAUAAUGUAAUAGUAAGACACGAGGACAGCUGCCAAAAUGUAUCUAGUGAAUUAUUACAAGUUUCUCCAAAAUACAGCAAAGACGUACCUCUGCAUUCACAAAAAGUCAUCCUUCAGCACUCCGGAAAGGAAAAACCUCCUAUGGAGGAAACCUCUGGGGAACCAUGGCUUGAAGAACUGCCCUUCCCUCUAGGCUUAAAGAGGCACAUAUGGAGAGUUUUAUAGAAGCAGGGCUUUCUCUUUUUAUGUGAUAUUUAAAAUGAUGGACAUACAGAGACACUUAGGAAGAUAUUUAUCAAAGUGUUCUAAAAUGGAUGGUUCAAUUCCUUCAUUAUUUUGAUCAUAUUAUAUUAAAGUGUUCUAAUAUGAUACAGAGAGCCCACUUAAAGGACAAUGAAAUAGCUGGCUAGGGAGUUUCCAAAGGAACCACAGUGCAUGUGCUGUGUUUCUAUGCUUUGGAGAGCAGAAGAACCACCUGUGCGAGGUCUUUUCUGUUGUGCCUUGCCAGUCAAUAACUCAGCACACCAAGGCAUUGACUAACUGCUAGGGGAAGUGCGUAUUUAUAAGCCUAUGCAAGCUCAAACAGCUUAAAAAAAAUAAACAUUGAAAGAAAAUAAACAAUGACUGGCCCCAUUUUAGAUGAUCCCAAUGCCCCCUUCCAACCUAGAUGAAUGACCCACUCUUUAAUUUAGGAUUUGUUCUUCUCCCCCUCUUACAGCACGUGAAUCGCCUACCCUUUAAUUUUGGCUAAAACCCACAUAACUUUAACAGCCCUAUCAGACACAAUAAAAAACAGCUAGCCCCUUUUUAUGUGAUCCCAGUUUCCCCUCCUAACAUUGAUGAAUCAUCCACCUUUUAACUUCGAAUUUGUUCCCACCCACCUACCAAAGCAGGUGAAUGGGCCCAUCCUUUAAUCUGGACAAAAACCCAUGUAACCUUAGUGGAAAGCCCCAUCAAAAGGCAAUAAACAACGGCUAGUCCCAUUUUAGGUGAUCCCAGUUUCCCCUUCCAACAUAGAUAAAUCGCCCACCCUUUAAUUGUAUCAAAAACCCAUGUAACCUCAACAGAAAGCCCAAUCAAAGGACAUUGAACUUUGACUGUCCCCACUUUAGAUGAUCCCAAUUCCCCCUCCCAACUUAGAUGAAUUUCCCACCCUUUCACUUAGGUUUUUGCCUAAACCCUUUAGUUUAGGCAAAACCCCAUGUAACAUCAACAAAAAGCUCUAUCAAAGGCACUGAACAAUCACUGACCCACGUUAGAUGAUCCCAAUGCCUCCUCCCAACCUAGUUGAAUUUCCCAUCCUUUAAUUUAGGAUUUGUCCCAAUCCUCCUCCCAAAGCAAAUAAAUGGCCCACUGUUUAAUUUAGGCAAAAACCCAUAUAACCUCAACAGAAAUCCAGAUCAAAGGACAAUGAACAUUGACUAUCCCCACUUUAGAUGACCCCAAUGCCACCUCCCAACCUUGAUCUAUUUCCCACCCUUUUAAGUUGGGGUUUGAUCCCAUCCCCCACUAAAGCAGUGCAUCACCCACCCUUUAAUUUAGGCAUAAGCCCAUGUCACUUCAACAGAGAGCCUGCUCAAAGGACAAUGAAAAAUGACUGGCCCCACUUUAGUUUAUCCCAAUAACCCAACCCAAACUAGAUAAAUUACCCACCCUUUUAACUUCUUGUUCCCAUCCCCCUCCCAAAGCAAGUGAAUAGAACACCCUUUAAUUUAGGGGGGGGGGGACAUGUAACCUCAAUAGAAAGCCCCAUCAAAAGACCUUAAAAAAUGGCUAACCCCAUUUUAGCUGAUCCCAGUUUCCCCUCCCAACGUAGAUAAAUCACCCACCCUGUAACCUAGAAUUUGCUCCCAUUCCCCUCCCAAAGCAGUUGAAUGGCCAACCCUUUAAUUUGGUCAAAAACCCAUGUAACUUUAAUGGAAAUCGCUUUUAAAAGACAAUAAACAACGGCUAGCCCCAUUUUAGGUGAUCAGUUUCCCUACCAACGUAGAUAAAUCACCACCCUUUAAUUUAGACUAAAAUCCCAUGUAACCUCAAUAGAAAGCCUUAUCAAAGGACAAUAAACAUUGACUGUCCUCACUUCAGAUGAUCCUAAUGCCCGCACCCAACCUAGAUGAAUUUCCCUCCCUUUAUUUUAGGAUUUAUUCCCAGCUGGUGAAUGGCCCACCCUUUAAUGUAGGCAAAAACCCAUGUAACCUUAGUGGAAAGCCCCAUCUAAAGACAAUAAACAAUGGCUAGUCCCAUUUUAGGUGAUCCAAGUUUCCCUCCCAACAUGGAUAAAUUGCCCACCCUUUAAUUUAUGCAAAAACCCAUGUAACCUCAAUAGAAAGCCUGAUCAAAAGACAAUGAACUUUGACUGACCCCAAUACCCCCUCCAAACCUAGAUGAAUUUCCCACCCUUUCACUUAGGAUUUGUUCCCAUCCCCCUCCCAGGUGAAUACCCUUCAAUUUAGGCAAAAACCCAUUUAACCUUAUGGAAAGCAUCAUAAAUGACAACAUCUAGCCCUAUUUUAGGUGAUCUUGUUUCCUCUCCCAACGUAGAUGAAUCACCCAACCCUUUACCAAAGCAGGUGAAUGGCCCACCCUUUAAUUUAGGCAAAAACCCAUGUAACCUCAAUGGAAAGGCCCAUUAAAAGACAAUAACCAACAGCUUGCCCCAUUUUAGGAUUUGUUCCCAUCCCCCUUCCAAAGCAGGUAAAUUGCCCACCCAUUAUUUUAGGCAAAAACCCAUGGAACCUCAAAAGAAAGCUCAAUCAAAGAAUAAUGAACAUUGUCUGUCCCCACUUUAGAUGAUCCCAAUGCCCCCUCCCAACUUUGAUGAAUUUCCCACCGUUUAACUUGGGAUUUGUUCCCAUCCCCCAUCGAAGCAGGUGAAUCGCCCACACCUUAACUUAGGCAAUAACCCAUCUAACCUCAGUGGAAAGCCACAUCAAAAGACAAUAAACCACUAUUGAUCCAAUUUUCGGUAAUCCUAGUUACCCCUCUCAGCAUAGAUGAAUCACUCACCCUUUACCUCAGGUUAAAGCCUAUGUAAAUUCAAACAGCUGAAAACCCAAUAAAAAGAAAAUGAACAAUGACUGGUCCCACUUUAGAUGAUCCAAAUUCCCACCUCGCAACCUAGAUGAAUCGCCCACCCUUUAACUAAGGAUUUGUUCCCAUCCCCUCCCACCGCUUGGUUAUAGUUUCAUUCUCUACCUGUUGUGGAUUCCGCUCAUGUAGCCCUCUGAUGCGGAUUUUUCAUCUGCAACCUUGAUUGUCCAAAUGUUCUAAACGUUGUCACAUCUUUCAAAGCAGUGAUGUUUGGCAUCACUUGACAUGUCCUUAGUUCUCUGUUGUUAGUAGAAGCAUUGCGCGUCUGUCUCCUCAGCUUUUAGCCUGUCUUCAAUCCCCUCUAAUGCAGAGCAAAUCUUGCCAUUUCGGUGCAUAUUGCAGACACAAAUGUCUUUAAAUCAUCUCUGGUAGUCAUUGCUUUUGGAAUUCCAAGUUUGGAUUAAGUUGCAUGAAGCAGUAAGGGCUCAGUCCAGGUGGGGUUCUUAUAUCUCUAUCCUCAGUGACAUGCAUGCUAUUGACCCUCCAUUUUGUAGAUCAGAUUUAGUUUACUCAAUGUACAAGUAUACAGGCACAUAAAGUUGAGACAUAGAUUCCUAUGUCAUUGAGAUGGUAAAGAUGAAUCUGUGUCAGAGCCUUAGAUCUGUCUGGGAGGAAACAGAAUGUUCAAGCAGUCACAGCCAUAUUUGCAUCUAUGACAUCACAACAUAGCAUUAUGAUUUAAAUGUAUAUGAGGUAGAAGGGAGAAGACAGUCCUAAUAAGUACAAAACUGAUUUUUAUUACAAUGUGAAGGGAGUUUUCAUAAUUAUAUAUUUUAUAGCCAUCUAAAAAUGGUUUCUCAACUUUUAUACCUUCAGAGAUUUGUGUUUAAUACUAUAUCCACAUUUACGCUUUUAUUUAGAACCAAUUCUUUUUCUCUUCAUCCUGAGCCUGUUCCUGCUCUAUUUUCAUUCUCCUUCCCCUAUACAGUCAUUAUCAAUGGCAUCCCAUUACAUUCUCCUAUUUUUAUUUCUCAUCAGUUUAUAUUCAAUAAACCAAAAUUAGUCGUUAAUCAAGUACAUAUGGGUACAUUUAGGUCCAGUAAGACUUGAAAACAAAUGUAACACAUCUUAUUUUCCACUUUCCUUUUUUUUUGUGUAAAAUGUACAACACAGUUGUGAAUUAACUGCAAUUUACAGUAGACAGACUUUAUGGGCAGCAGAUUUAAAUAAUUGUUUCUCUUCUUUCUACAUCAUUUGGGCUUUUGAGUGAUUGAAAAGUGGAUCUGAUCACUUAAGCUAAUGCAUCAGAUCUGCUUUUAGGAUAAUGCAAAUUUGGUACUUGUGUAAGACCACCUGUUUAUCAGGGUCUUAAAGCUGUUGUCCUUUUUUGCUAACGACCUUGACUUUAAUAUUUCCUUUCUUUGUUUUGCAACUGAAUCCAUGAAAAACCAUAUGCACCACAGUACUAACUUACAGAAGGUGGAUGUGAAUUAUCAGCACAAGGGCUUGCUGGUCAGGUGACCUACCAGUUUGACCCUGUAGGCUUGUAGCCAUAUCUAAAUGUUUUAUUAUUGCCUCAGAUUGUGUAUUGACAUAAAAUUUGCAUCAACAACAGACAGGUAAGAUGGACCCAUGUUGUGGUACUGGAAGGGAUCAGCAUUGAAGAAGUUGUGCACAGAAGAGUGCUAUGAGGAUGGUUUGCUGGGAGUGCUGGGUGGGUGGGAUGAGAUCAAGUGCUUAACCUUCCUGAAAACCUUAUAGGUACAGCCAUGGGAGGUUAGUUAUUCUGGGAAAGAGGGCCUAACGUAGGUGACAAAUGUAAGGAAGGGAGGAUGAUCUGAAAAAGGUUAAUGUAUCUUAGAAGGAAAAGUUGUAUGGGAAAAGUGACUAUUUAAAAAACAAAGUUCAAACGUAAAAAAGGUUUGUGUACAAAAAGGAAAGUAUAGAGAUGAAAUGUAAAGUGGGUGUGAGAAGAAAAAAGAUGCGAAUAAUGGGAUUAUAAAAACGGCCGGGUUUUAAGUAUGUACAGCAAGUGACAUUGGAGGGACUGUGUUCUGAGUGUGUGAAAUUGAGGACAAGAAUAUUCAUAUUGGAUCCUCUUGGUUUCUGGCAUGCCAACCACGGCUUAUGUGCUGUUUGCACUAUGGUUACUCUUCUAGCUAGCACUUUUUUCACUGACUAGCUGUAUAGGAAUGGAAUGACCAAUGCCCCUGAGACCCAGCCCUCAGUCUUUACUCAUUGUGAAGUAUGCAAAAAUAAAUGAUAAAAACAGGAAUAUAUUCUAAUUUAAACCUGAGAGUGGUGCACAAAAUGUAGUUUAAAAAAACAGGUAAUGUGAAGAUGUUUUGUUAAUAGUGUAAAUGCUGAGAUCUAUACAGUAGUUUGCAUUGUUGCCACACAAGGUAUCUUCACUGACCAAAACAAACAAGGCUAUAAGCAUUAGAAAUAAUGUCCCUGUCUGCACUUGUGCUUCAUAAUGAGAUGCACAAACCGAGACUUGAUCAUGACAUUGAUGCAUUCAUUUCUCAGAAUUUGUGUUGAUCCUUCUGCCCUUUUGCUUGCAUGUAGUUUGUUACCCAUGAGAGAUUUUCUUGUUUAGUUUGGUUUGGGUUAUAUUUGUUAUCGUCAUUCUGCCCUCCAUUCAUAGUAACCACCUCUGUACCAUUAAUAAGUCCAUCGGUUCUCGUGACAGCAUUACAAAAGAACUACCAUUAAGCAGUUUUCAAUGUCAAUUUAUCCCUUUUCAGUUUGUUUGAGAACAAAGUUAGCAUGUUGGAAUUAUUAGCCACUGUUGGAAGGAAUAGAACAGAAAAAAAGUUGACACUUCAGCUAUUUGAAUGAAAUUAGUUUUCAGUAUAAAACCAUGGAUUUAUUUUAUUAUAGAGGGCACAUAAUGUUUUUUUUAUGAAUAAAUGUUGUACCAGGAUUGUCCUUUUUUUUUUAAUUAGGUUCAAAACUGUCUUUAACACUAUAGCCAUUACAGCGCGAGUAGUCCACAAGAGAUUUAAAAGUGAUCCUGCUGAGGUUUAAAGAAUGGUUAUUUAUCUUCAUAGUGUGUUCGUGAUAAUGAGUGUUUGUAAUCAUGGAAAGUGCUUGUUUGUUUUAUUAAACAAAUAUAAUGAUUAAUGUAUUCGCAUUAAUCAUUAUAUCUUUGCUAUGGCAAUUUAUACGCCUUACAGCAGGGAUAGCUUUUUCUUGGCCUUUCGAUUUUUCUUCUUCUCUCCUUCGCAAAUGAGACCACAUUGAUGAAUAUAUAAUUUCUUUUGUAGAUACAGUUUACAGGUAUGAAAUGCCACCUUAUGAAAUGAUUAAUUCUCUUUAUGAUGUUUGUAUCUAGUAAGAGAGGUGUUCUACUGCAACCAAUGUGUUAGGAUGUUAGAAAAUCAGGGAACUGUCCUAAAACAGCCAGGAUUUCCCUGUGAGAACAUGUCAAAAUGCAGUAACUUAGUUAGACAAUUGAGUACAGUGUAUCUAUCUGUGGUUGACUAUUUCUCUCCGGAUACUCAGCCAGGCUUCUGGUACCUUGUGCUCUGGCUUUGCUAAGUUAGCUGUGACUGCUUUAGUAAAUGGCCAAGUUUGUAACCUAUCUAUUUUACUAGUUCAUUGGGUAUUUAAGCCAAGCUGUUUUGUGGAGUAUCCCAUAAUGUAUUGUGUUUAUGCCUGUACAGAGAAAGUAUCUAAGUUUAACGUGAAGGUGAUAAUUCCCUCUUUUUUUCUUUUGCCUUUUUCAUUAGGAGAAGCGGUCAGUCUUAACGGUGUUUUGGAUUGUGUCAUUUCUGAUGGGUAACACCCUGUAUCUUCUAUAUACCUUCAGAUCUCAACAACUGUACUAUAGGUGAGUCUUUCAACACAUGCUUCUACAUUUGAUUAAAGCAAACAUAGCUGUUCUUCACAGGUAAAAAUAUGCGUACAGAGCACAUCAUAUGGAUAAAAAUACACAACUGUGUAAAGGCAAAUGCAUAACUGACUUCAGUGCAAGGAUUCAAACUGUUUCUUAAUGGGCAUGUGUAUUUAUUAGCUAAAAAAUAAAUCACAGUGAACCCAGAGAUUUACUCUUGAAGAAAUAUUUAGACUCCAAACAUACCACAUGGAUGGAAAAAACAUCCAAUUUCUUUUUCUUCUUCUCCCAAGCAAAUCACACUUGUACUUGGCAUUUUCCCCCAGUCUCCCACCACCAAGAGUAAUAGUAAACACUAUAGAGAAAAGCCCAGGUAUAGUGCUGUUCAAAUAUAUUUGCACAGUAAUACAAGUUUACUUGGUGUUGUCUCUAUACUUUUACAUGUUCUUUGAAAAGAAAGCUUAACCGUUACCUUAGAUUUGAGCCUAUUUAGAACAAUAAACCUGGGCCUUGAUGCACAAGUAUUCAUGGGAAAAUGCCUGCCUUACAUAGCAAUGCAAAAAACAUAGAAUCACAAUUCCCUCACACUUCAUUCCAGUAAACCCUCCCACAUUAUAUACUAAGACAAAAAGAGACACCUCCCCUUUAAUAUCUACGUAGUAUUUUAAAACAGAUCUGUCUUCAAGUAUAGACUUUAAAAUUAAACAGAGGUCCAAACAUUGAGUUUAAUCAUCAAAUCAAUGGGUGCAUUUAUGUUUUCAUUUGCAUAACAAUAUUGACAUAUUGAGUAUAUUAAGUACUGAUGCUCUAUUUCCAGUCUAGCCCAUCUAGUUUUUAAUAUAUAUUACAGCCAAUAGAAUAAAGCACUGACUGCUAGUUAAGGUAUUAUUUUUUGAAUUACAUUCACUGUGGUUGCAGCCGAUGUCAUUGGUCCUCUCUGUACUCCCAACAGUACAUUUCAUAGCAUUGUGAUGAUCAGGCAGCACUCAUUUAGGGAUCUGUCUUCGAAACCACACCUGAUCAGGCACAGCAGCAAUUUUGUAAUUCUGUAUGGAUUAGGUCAGUCACUGUGUGUGUGUGUAUAUAUGAGGGAGGAAAAAAUCCAGUAAAAAAAAAAGGCAUUCAUUUUUACUUUUGAUUUAUUUGUUUUUGUUUAUUUUAUAACAUGUUUUCAUCUUCCUCCUUUAAUUAUUUACUUCUAUGUUUUAGGUUUUCAUUUAGUCCAGUGUUGUGUGUGAGUAUUUUUCAUUUAUUUUCUCAUCCUUUUCUGUUUUCAGUCACAUUGUAUUCUGUUUCCUUAAUAGUUAAAUCCAUGCUUCAUUUGGGAAUGCGUCAGGAACAUGUGCAUGUGGGAGAGUGGGACACAGUGACAAUGAAUGUCACUUUAAAAUGAAGUGGUUUUUAAAGUCAGAGGUCAGCAGAGAGAUAUUAAGAACACGCUUGUCAGCUAGAGGUUGUACGCACUGUUCAGAGAACAAGUCUUUUUUCAGGUCUUCUGCCUUUUCCGUUCAGUAAUUGGUACAAUGUCAUACUGUUUACGAAGGGAACUCGUAUGGUUUGUUACCCACAAAGUCAAUACCAAAAUCUUCCUGAGAUUUUUAUGUUUUAUUUAUUUUAAUAAUAAAAUCUAUAAAUUAAAGUGAAUUGAUUACUGUAAAAUUCCAUUGAGACGAGAGUGUGUGUUGGAGAAUCUCUUGCUGUAAUCAAUAAUUGCAAGAACUAUAAAAAGUUGUUUGUUUUUCUGCUUACCCGAUGUGUGGUCACACAAGAGUUUGACUGUCGAGUGUGCGGUGUAUGAGCGUUUGUCUGCUUGGUCUCCCUAUUACUUCUAUUCCCAAUUCAUUGUUACUAUUCCUUCUGUUCCGCCAAUACUUUCACUUCCUCCUCCCUGUUCAAGCGGUUUUUUUUUUUCCAACCGUGAACACUCAGGUAUUAUGUACAAAAAUUUAAAUGUAUUCUGAGUUUGAUACUGGUUGGUUUUUAUUGUUUUUGUUUUUGUUUUUUUGUUGUUUUUUUUUUAUAUAUAUAAUUUUUUCAUUUCUGCAUCAUCUCUUUUUUAAUCUUUUCUUCAAAUACCAAGAAUCUCUAGGCAACUUAUUGUCUCAAAUAGUUCUCCAGAGCUGCCCUAAUUUUAAGGCAAAAUAACUAUAAAAUGUAAGAUCAUAUUAGUUACUAGUGCAGUAAUUAAUGAGCAUAUGAAACAACAGAAUCAGUGCAAUUCAUCUUUUACUGUGCUAAUUAUUGUUGUUUUCCUUUACAUUGUUGUUCAGUCUUAUUUUUCUGAAACCCAAUCUCGAGGGCCUGGACUUCUUUGAACUCAUCUGGAUUGUGGGCAUAUCAGAUUUUGUCCUGAAGUAUAUCACAGUGUCCCUGAAGUGCCUGGUCCUCAGUCUCCCCCGCAUUGUCCUAGCUGUAAAAUCAAAGGUAGAAUCAACCACUAUGUUUUGACCUCUACCAAAUGUUUGUUUUAAGUAUAUUUUAAAUAUAUUGUACCAGCGUACAAGGACAGGUUUCUGUUUUAUAAAAAAGCUUUGCUGAUUUGACAAAUUGUGUUGUCAUGUAUUUUGUGUUAUGCCAGCUUUCUAAUAAGCAAUGUAGGGUUAUUUACUACAGGGUGUAUUGUUAAGAAUUUAAAGUGAUUUUCAAAUUUUAGAAAAAUUACCCAAACUAUGUUUUCAGAUCAGCUAUGUUGAAUUCCUGACAAUUCAUACUUUAGUGAAUAUCCCUGUUAAUUCUAGAAUUUAUUCUUGUGUGUCACCUAUGUGUUAUAAGGCAACAUCUAGAAACUUUGAUUCACACAUAGGGUGUGACACGUUUAUUCAGUAAAGUGAACAUUUAAGGUGAUUUCAAAGCGAAUUUUACAUAAAUUCUCUUAGUCAACAGUACUUUCAGUUUGGCUACUCUGGCCUUAAAUUUGAAAUUCACUUUGAAUUCUCACUUUAGUAAAUAACCCGGACAGACUGCAAUCAAUUUUUCAGAUUUACAACCAAUGCGUAUGCAGGCUCCCUUAUCGGUGGCAGUGUAUUAAAGCACAGCUUUUUCAUUCAGUGCAUAAGUUAUGAUCCAAGUGGACAAAUGGCAAUAUAUAAAAAAGGUCCCUUACCCCCAUCAUCAUCAGAUUUCUUGAACAUAGCAUACUUUUGCAAUGCUACUUUGCAACUAUGAUACACUAUGUAUUGCAGUUCAAGUAUAUAUUUUUAGAAGCCAGUAUCUUUGUUUGAAAAAUAUACCAGAAACUCAUACAAAUAUUGAUUCUGAUGGCGAGCAGACAAGAACGAAUUGGCCUCGUAGCUGUCUAUUUUAAAACCUUAAGACUGAUUUUCCAUGUCGUGGAUUGCUAUUCCAGGAAUCUCCUACCUUUUCUGUUAGGUACUACUAAAUUAUGUAAAACUGUGAAAAAUGCUAUCUUUUCAAUAAAGUGUAGAAUCUCAAGUUUCUGUUUUAUCCCCAUCUACUCUAUAAUAAAUCAAGUUGCAGCCAAAUACAGCAUCAACCAACUGCAGUGUGAGCUCAGAUGGCACAUGUGCUAAAUUUAUGGAGACACUAUAAUAUCUUAUUCUGUUGCUGUUUUGUCUGCUGGCAGUAUUUACUGUGGAUAAUUAUAUCUUAGCAGAGAUUUAGUAGUUGUUGUAGUUGUUCCAAUUAUCUUAUAAUUCACUGUUCAGCUAUUCUCAGAUUCACAAAGGGACAGCUAUUGGACAAUACCUAUACAUGGUUAGACUAGUUUCUCAAGGGGACGUAUAAUUAUACAGAUAAGUAUUUUUAGAUUGCCAACGUGGGACUAGUUAAUCCGAGGGUCUGCAACUCGUUCCUCAUAGAAAAACUGCCAGUAAUCCUGUUUUCAAUCUUCCUUUGACGUCAGUGGACCUUGACUGUACCUGAUUGGUGAGAGAAAUAUUUUAUCAAUGAAUUUUUGAAUCAUGGUAAUCGCUAAAAUGAAAAAGGAAGUGCUCCAUUCAUUCCACGUGGACUGACUAGGAAUGAUGAGCCUGUAAUUGCCAUAUAUUUUACUGUACCCUUGAAAUAACUUGCACCCUUUAAAUAAUGAUGGACUUAUCCAGAAUAAUUUUUUAUUUAUAGUUCCAUUAAAAAUACAUUUUGUGUUGAAUGUUCAUUUACUAGGAUCAUAUGAAUGUACCACGUUUUCUCCUAAAUUGAUCUGGUUUCUAAAUUUUACAGACACUUGUCAGCUGCUGCAUUAAAAGUCAGCAUUUAUGAAUACAUACAUUAAUGUAACAUUCUAUAUCGAGUGAACUGUUGUUAUUUGGAACCUAUAGUCCACAUUGGCACAAUAUGCUUAAAUCUUCCCCUGUGAAUCGUGGAACCAGCAACAUUGCAAACAAGUUAAAAUAAAGUAGCAUUCCACUUUAAGGAUGCUGAAAAUGACCCUGUUUAUCAUUUUUAAUAUAAAUACUGUGUUGUAAGUAGGCCUACCCCAGUAAAGUUCAUGGAGUUGGUGUUUUUUGAUAGGUUUGUAAUUCCCAUCUUAUCAUUGGCAGACAAGUGCCACCGGCACAUCAAUUAACUUUUGGCAUCACAGGAAUGCAGCCAGGCAUCUCUUCAUUUGUCCCUGGCCCUUAUCCAAAAUGUGCUUCCCUCCCCCUUCUCUCUUUCUUUAGCAUCUUUUUGUUUUGGAGGGAAUUAAUAUUCUGAAGCUGAACCGGCAGCAAUGAUCUCUCUCGAGAUAAAUUGCUUCAUCAGAAAAGGUUCAGAGCCGCUCCGCAACUCCCCAUUCCACCUACCUACAAAUUGGAGCAGUCAUUAAUCUUUGUCAUUGUGCUAGCGCAUGCUAGGAAGGAAAGACACCCCAAACUCCCACUGAGGCUUUGUCUCACAUGAAGAAUAGAGCUUUUUAAGAUUAAAUUGGCCCAGGAUUACAGCACCUAUGAUGGGCAUUUUUUAUUAACUCUCAACUGCAUGCCACAUCAGAUAAAUAGGUAUUAUGUCAUUGCAUGUGGCAGUAAUGCUUCGCUUCUCACUUUUAACCUGUUGUAUGUGAAUAAGCAGUGUGUUCUCAAACCCAAAGGGUUAAAGAAAAAAUGCCAGCAAGAAUUGGCCUUGCCAAUCAAAGUAGAUAUAGGGUACGUUUAGCUUGAUUCUCUGCUGGCAUAAAUUUAAGAUGGUAGGUUUAGCAUUUACUGGUAUAGUUUGUUCAAAAUCAGAAUGUUCUUUUUAAUCUGUAUUUGUUUCUUGUUUAGCAGCUUCUAUGCAGAUUAAUAUUGUUCUGAAGGGCUGCAUAUUAGAAUGCACUUUGUGUUUGAUGUAGAGUCCUCUUUUGGUGUGACCGGGCAGAUACAGGUUGCAACAAGGCAGGGAAGACAUUAUCUAACAAUGUGUAAUCAUUCUGUUAAUAAAUAUUAUUCACAUGGUGGCUGCAAAAUACAGAGUAUGUGACUGAAAUCCAGAUGUAACAUUUUGCUAUGUAAGCCUUAAGGCUUUCCUUAUCGGGUGUGUAUUUGGAGCAGUGUUUUAGAUUGUUCGAACAAUACCAUCUCAGAGUUUUUUUUACUUUCCUGAUAUGUUUGUAGGAAUUAAUAAGAAAAAUAUCUUUGUCUUUAAGCUGAAAGUAGCAUGGUGAUUUUGUAAGUGUAGCACUCCCCUAAGAGAUUUGCUAGGUGAGCUUACAAUUCCCUUGCAGUGCGUUGUAUGUUUGGUGCUUGGGAAAAUGUGCAGGUAAUAUAUUUAAUCAUUUUUCUUUUUUUUGUUUAUACGUUGGGGCUAAUACUUUAACUAUUGAUGCCACCCAAGAGAGCCUUUUGAGUGCAGGGAUAAUUUAUGCAUAGUACCUUUUUGUUUAGUACUUGGAGUUAGAGUAUAAAAUAUCCUCUGCUUGAAGAGUGGUGGCCGUUUACUUACUUUGUGUUAACAAUUGAUUCUUUUCUUUUUUAUUUUUUUUGCACAAUCCAUUCUGUUGUUUUAGAAUUCAUCUUGCUUCUCUUUGUUCCGUAUAGAGGAGAGUGUUGAAUGAUAACCUUAUCUGCAGCUGGUAACCCACAUGCGGACACAGAGUUUCAGCUGGCCACAGGUUCCCGGGGUUGGAUAUCCCGACUCGUUGGAACACACAAAAUAUUUUUCUCACCAGGAGGAAAUGGCUCAUUGAAUUACUAGUCAGACAAUUUAGUAAGGAAAUAAUAGAGGUACAUUCAUUUUAGCCACACAAACACAUCUGGUCGGCACUCGAUCACAAUACCGAUUAUUUGGGUGCCACUAGCAGAGAGCCCAGUACAGUCACAGAUGCUGUUUGAUGAUUAAAGCUUGAGAGCUUCCAGGUUUCUGCAUGGUGAUUUUGGUAUCCCUUUAGCCAACGGUUUGAUUAAUAAGUAGUCUUCAGCAGAACUGCCAGCUGACAAUGUUUUGUUUGCACAGCAAUUGUUUCCACUGGUACAUCUUCAUUUGCACUGAUGGGAGAGAUGAUGAUCACUUAGUCCUUGGCUGCAGUUAUAAGCUGCUCGAUUUUGCCUAUUGAAAAAUGACUUGAAAUGUGGCAUGCUGCACCUUUCCUGUCUGUUUCCUAAGCUCUGAUCUCAUAGGCAUAGUCAAUCAAAAAAGACAGCUCCAAAUCUGCUUAGAUUGGAAAACCUAGCCUGAAAAAUCCAUAAAGAUUGCACUUCUGCAAAAAAAUACAUCUUUGUGAUUAAAAAUGCCCUAAUAUAGCAUAAAGAAACAAAAAGCUAAAUUGUUUGCUUAAAGACAAACUUAUGUAUUUAAGGAUUUACAUGUCCUGUCAGUACAAAAGAGGUGUUGAUAAAUCACAUUUUUAUCCAUUUACUUGAUGCAGCUUUUGUGACCUCUCUAACUCUGGAACAUAAAGCAAUAAAUGUUUGCCCUUCAGAGGAACAGACUAGAUAGAAUGGUCAAAACCAGUAAGUUUAUUCAAAUAAUGCAUGAGCACAAAGAUUCAGAGGUAACCACAGAGCCCCAGGUAUUUCAAAAGGCUUGUACCAUACUUCCUUACCAUCAUGCCCAACUGUAAGCAGUAGUGUAUUUUGGUUUUGUGCUGCCCUAGGCGUGACUAAAACUUGGCGUGACUAAAACCGCUAAUCUAAAUUUGUCUCACCCCACCUCUAACUGAUUAAGAACUCACCCCAUUCCUCUUUAGACUACACCCUUUCCUGCUCCUUUUAAAGGGAUACAAUAGUGCCAGGAAAGUUUUCCUGGCACCAUAGUACCCUCCUCCCUCUUGCUCCCCCCUCCCCCCCCACUCAGCACUCAAGGGGUUAAAACUCCAGUCAUUUACCUGAAUCCAGUGCGGAUAUCCCUCAGCGCUAGAUCGGGCUCCACCUCCUGGCUUGCGUAGGAAAGCAUUUUAUCAAUUAUUUCAAAUGGGGAUUUAGCAGACGCUGGAUGUGCUCAUGCACGGUGUAAGGACGUCCAGCAUCAGUUAGGCAACCGCCACCCGGAAGGAGUUAACCCCUCAACGUAAUUCUUGCAGUUUCUGAGAAACUGCAAUAAUUAAACUUGCAGGGUUAAGGGGAGUGGGGCCCUGCACCCAGACCACUUCAAUGAGCUGAAGUGGUCUGGGUGCCUAUAGUGAUCCUUUAAGGACACAUUCUGACAGGCACACACACAUUCACUGGCAGAUACACACUGACAGUUACACACACACAGACUCAAUGACACAGUCACACACUCAUACUCACAUACACUCACAUGCACACAACAUACACUCACACACACACACUAAUUAUUAUUAUAAUACUUUUAAUUAUUCACCCAGCCUUCCUACCUGUCGUUGGGUGACCAGUGGGGCUGCUGUGAGAGCUGUGCAUGCUGCUGUGUUAGAUUUAGAGGCAGCGAGGCAGCUGAGAUCGCGCUGCUCUACUCCCUCGUGCCUCAUGGGCUUUCUACUAAUGCUGGGAGCCGGAAUUACAUCAUAUUCCGGCUCCCGCGGCAUCCGCAAACGGCGCGCGAGGGAGCAGAGCAGGGAGAUCACAGCUCCCUUGCCGCCUCUGAUUCUAAAAUAGCUACACACUAGGGGGUCCAUAAGGUGGACAGCAGGCCACCUUAUGUAAGCCCCAUGACAGGGGGAAACACCUGGUUAGUGCCGCCCAAGGCAAAUGUAUAAUUUGCCUUGGGCUAAAUACAGCACUAACUGUAAGUAUUGGCAUUCAAUGCUCCUGCUAACUUAUAUAGAAUGUACCAGUCAAUAUGCUUUUAUAGAAGCUUUCUAAGCAUUGUAUUCACAGUGAAGGGCAUUGGACAUCCUCAUGCAUGAGGACGUCCAGUGUCUUUAUAAUCCCUGUAAUUCCUAUGGGGAAGUUCUAACAUACAAGCGGCAUUUGCUGUGCAUGAGCAUUAGGUUCCCACAUCACCGUGACAUCACUAAAGGAGGAGUUCAAUCCAGCACCGAGGGACCUUAGCACUGGAAUCAGGUAAAUGUUAAAACGGGUUUUAAGCCUUUAUUCACUGGGUCAGGUAAGGGACCCUGUACCAUUUGGAAUGCAGUUUUGUAUUCCUAACGUUGUGUAGUUCCUUUUAAUUUCAAAUUCACUUUGAAUUUACUUCAAAUUCUUUAGUGAAUAACCCUGUUAUUCAUCAUUAUGUAACAUUAAAGCGGCACUGUCAUGGCCGAAUGCAGGUUUGUUUGUUUUUUAACCCUGCUCCCAACUCCACUACAUCUAAUUGUCCCCCUAGUCUCCCCAUAUUAUCUAUUUUUAUAUCUUCAUUUCGUGCCCGGACCUUUGUGUGGGCAGGUGAAGUCCCUGUGGGACACGUCAUCUGCCCACAGUAGAUAGCACUGUGAAAUUCUUGCGCAUGCCCAGUUAAACACUUGGGCAUUCGCUAUUGUUCGAAAUUCGGGCAGGAAUUUCAUCUAUUCAUUCGUCAGAAAGACAAAGGAAUUAAUAGAAAUUUCACACGAACAAACACCGAACAUCGGUUUAUUACAAGGAGGGAGCUACCGGCUCACAGCUCUCUCCUUGUAAUAUGUAAAAAUAGAAGCGGAAGGAAGCUGCGUUCCCUCCCACUUCCUUAGCCCCCAUGUCCUUCCUCGCUCUAUGAGGAUCAAUAUAGCAAGUACGGGCUUGUCUACUAAACAGUGAGCAUGCACCCCCCCCCCCCUUUAGAACAAAUGGCUCCAUGGUGGGGCAUCUAUUCUCCAAUUGUCUGCUCUAUAAUGCUCAUAGAAACUUAACAAAAAACAACAAAUCCAAAAUGUAAAGGGUUUUUGUUUUGUUUGUUUUUGUACUAUUUUUUAUUAUUUAUUACUAUUAGUUACAAAAUUCUUAUACUUUGUAUCCUACUUUCUCUAACUGAUUUGCCCACAUACAUUUUCUCUAAUGCUGUACAGUUUGUUCAAUAAAAAGUAUACCAAAUGGCUACAUUUGUGCGAAAAUAUUACUGGAAAAAAAUAUCUUACAUUUUACAGUUUUCCAUACUUGGCUUUUGUAGCUUAGUUUUGUAAAGUUUAGAAUUUAACAAAAUCCCAGUUUAGUGAAUAACUAUUUUUCCACAAGAUCCGCUUUGAUGAUAUUCAGACCCUAUCUAGAUUCAUUGUGUUGGAGAAAAAUAAAUGUAAUACAUUGAGUGAAGGCAGGCAUUUAGGGUAGGAGAGCUUUGUUAGUGUUCAGACUGCUUCAUUUUGCAUAAGGUAAAAAGCAUUGAAGAAACAUAACGUCUUUGCAAUAAUUUCAAUAAUGUAUUUCAGUGUAUGUGUGUGAUUGAUUUUAGAGGAGUAAAUUAAGAGCCAGGUAAAUCCAACAGAGGGAGACAGAGAGUCAGGAGACAGGUUGUCAUCCAGCAGAUUACGUAAUGCUGCUGUUUUGUGAUAGCAACUAGAGGGCUCGUAGUGUAUUGGUGCUAAUUUCAACCCUUCAUCUUUUGGCAUGGUUAUGAUUGAUGUGAGCUGGGAUUAGUCCAAUAAAGUAGCUGAGUUAUCCCAAACCAUUACACUCUUUAAUGCAUUUACAUUAACUUCAACUAUUUCUGUAUGUUGCCCUCAUAUAACCUGCAAUAUAUCCUAUUAUUACUGGAUCAAGCAUGUCCAUUUUAUGCUUCUACAGCAUUUGUGCCUUUUACCUGAUGCAUAUCUGUAUUUGGAAAACCGCAGCAGUUAUUGAAUUGAUUAAUAUAUGAAACGUUAGAUUAUUAUUUCUUAUUACUAGCAUUUACAUACAUAUAUAUUACUAGCAUUUAAAUAUAUAUGUGUGUAUGUGUAUAUAAUAUUACUAGCAUUUAAAUAGCGCCAACAUAUUCCACAUCACUUUAUAAUUAUAGAUAUUUGACAAGUAGGUGACCUGCAAAAAGAGGUGGGUUUUAUUGCAAGACCUUUUUUAUCUACUCUUAUAUAAUACUGUUCUUUUGAAUUUUGUUUGUACUGAUCAGUAUUGCCUACCAUUUGCACUCUAGGUAUUUUAAGAACUACAUAUUCAAUGACUCUUAGCCAGGUUAAAGCAUGCAUAACACAUAACGGGAUGUGGUGGUUCUCGAAAUGCCUAUGGGUUCCGAGGUUAGCCACCACUGAUAAGGUGUAUUGGCUAGAUCUAUAGAUGAGUUACAUGCAAGGUAUGGGCCACCUAUAGAAUUUCUAGUAACAAGAAGUCAUGUGGAAUGUGUGAUUGAGAAAUGCAGAGCUACACUUUAAUUUCAAUACCAAACAAACCAUAAAGAACAGCAACACCAAAAUCUAUACCCCGUAUUUUCAACAGCAGUAGGUGUUGGAAUUCAAAAAAAUUCAUGAAAUGGCUAUUUCUCCAGCACCCAAGCAGGAUGUGCCAAUCUGUUUACGUUGUUCUUAUUCCCCAGUAAACUACUUGUAGUCUAACGACAUCAUAACUAACUUUGUCACUGGUCUUUGGGUUCUAUUGCACUGUCAGUUGUUAUUAACUUCUGUUUACUCUCCAUCUUUUACAAUAUACUAAGAGCCCUGCAGAGCAGUUGUAAAUGAAAUGCCUUUUUUGUUGCCAGAAGCAUGUACCUCCGGUAUAUGCAGAGAUAGGAUGUCUGUUACAUUGCAUACAUUUUGCUUUGUAGUGGUAUAAAGGCUCAGGGGACUUUCCAGAGGUCUCUUAAGCUUGCUUUGCAUUAUCUUCACAACAAGAAGGUGGGCUUCAGCACAGGACACAAAAGCAGUCCUUUAAAAUGGGGCAAAAAAAAAGUUUAUAAGGCUUCAAAUUUUAAAAUAACAAAAAUGACCUCAUCCCAAAAGUGAGACCGCAGACAUUUAGAUUACCUCAUCUUUCUAUUGGUAAUUUAAUUGUAAUCAUUUUAGCAUAUUAACAUAGCACAAUGUAAUCUAUGAACAAUAUGACAUAAUAUUGACUGAUGAAACACUUAUUCCUCCUUUUGUUGUCAUUAUAUAGUUUUAGCCCUUGUUGCUAGUGUUAACGUGUCCUACAGAAAAACUAGUGAUAAAGUAAGCAAUUGCUUUACAUGCAUGCCAGCAUUUUAGUUGGUUAAAGAGAGGUGCUUUAAAUUUAGUGUUGUGGCCAGUAGGUGGACACAUUUUAGGGAAGUUUUAAGGGACUUUGUGACCUAAUUGCCCCUAACAAGAAAAUGUAAUUUAGAAUAAAUUUAGACCAAUAUAUUUUUAUUUUCGCAAGCUAAUUUAUUUACACAUUUACUGUAGUUUUUUUCAAUUUGACAAUUUGUAUUGCUUUUUAGGGUACAGAAGAGAAGAGGUGGUUAGAGGGGGGGGGGGAGGGUUUACCCAGUGAUCCAUAAUCAUUCCAGUACCCUUUAAAUACAUCAAAUUUAGCAGAUAAUUUAACAUUGUCCACUUUCUCACUCUCAGUUGAGUAUUGGGGGUUAUUCAAGUGUAAAAGCUUUCUGGGGUAAACCUGUGAUCAGUGUGGUGAUAUGUUGGGCCUACUUCGUUGCUCUUAAAGGCUCAUAGUAGUAGCAUAUAGGUGGGGUCAUCGGUGGCUGGGUGUCAUGGCUCAAUGGGGAGGGAUUCAUUUGGGGCGGGAGCAGGGAGAGUAGUUGUCUCUGCAGUUUGCUGGUGGCAAUGACUAUUGUGGUGUUAUCUUUGCACCUGUCUGUUGCAUGUGUUUCAAUGUGUAUUUAUUGGGGCUGUUAUGGCUGUUCCUGCCAUCUUGCCUGGUUCUUGUUGGUGGUUCUUCAUUAUGAGAAAAUACUUGUUUGUCCUGUGUUUAUGGGGGGGGUGGGGGAGGGUGAGCGAGUGGAGAAGAAGGGUAUGUCUCUGGGGGGCAUCGGCCCCGUUUUUGGGAAUGCUUGUUUAUAUUUCUUAGGGGGUGUUUAGUGUGAUUCUGUGAUUUUUGCCAUGUCGUCCACGCUUCGGACAAGAAUUUGGCGUUUGAUUGGAUGCGUCUGGCCAUAUUUUCGUAUUGACUGUUGGUCUCCACCACCUGUAUGCAUUGAUCAAUUGUGGGGGAAGUUGUUGCUUUCCACUGCCUACUGAUAACUGUGAGGGCUGCUAUGAUGAUGUGAUAGAGGAGAUAGCAUUGUUUUUCGGUAGGAGCAGGAGUAAGAUUGUCUCGGGUCUGUAAGGAAGUCUUAUUCCUGUGCAGUUUUCUGCUAAAGCAGCCACUUCUUGCCAGUAUGUAGUGAGUAGAGGGCAGUGCCAUCAGGUGUGGAUCAUUGAUCCUUUGUCUGUUUUGGCAUCGCCAACAUGUAUCUGAUGUGUCGGGGAAGCUUUGUUUAAGGAGUGUGGAGACUAGAUACCAUCGGUAUAGGAUUUUGCAUGAUAGUACAGCAUGGGACAUGCAUAGCAUCAUCGGCCAAUGGGCUGAAAAUGUCUCUUUCCAUUGGGAGUCGGUUAAGUUGUGUGUUUUCCCAUGUCUUUUUAAAAUGGAAUGAAUUUAUUCUUUGUGUUAAGUGUUAUAUACUAUUAUACUAUUGAGAUGAGUUUUUUAGGUAGCUUGAGCUUUAAACAUAUUUUCUACACUUCUGUUAAUUGCAGUCUUGAUAGUUUUACUAUUAUGGAUGUUGGUUGUGUUUUCAUCCAAGAUUGAAGUUGCAUGCAGGAGAAGUGAGCUAUAUUAGGUAGUUUGAAUUGCGCCUGGAGUUCGGUGAAUUUUUUGAGGUUGGAAUCUUGGAGAAGUUGGGACAUAGUAUGUGUCUGCUCCAGAUCAGAUAGUUAAAGUCAGGAAUGAGGAGUGACAAGGUGACUAGUGGUAGGGCUGGACAGGUGUGCUGUGCUAUGCCCAGGUUAUUUUGGUAACUCCCAUAGGGUUAUGGUAAGUUUUGUUGUGGGUAGCAUGUUGUGGCUCGUGGGUCGCCUAUCUUUGGGUAGCAAUGCCAGCUGCGUUAGGGGGAUCCCUUCAGUGAAACUUCGUUCUAUCUGCAUCCAUGCUAGCGGGUGUGUGGUGGAACGAGGAUAGCAAGGGGGCAAUGUGAGCAGCCCUGUAGUAGCCUGACAGGUCCGGCAUUCCCAUUCCGCCAUGGUUGAACAGUUUGUACAUUGUCGAUUUUGCUACUCAAGGUUUGACGUUCCCCCAUACAAAUGAGUUUAGGAUCUUUUGCAUGUCCUGGAGAUACUUUGCUGGGAGUUGCAAUGGAAGUGUUCUAAAUAGAGAUUGGAUUUUUUAUAAAAUACCAUUUUAGCUGCCGCUAUCCUGCCAGUCCACGAGAGAUGUUUUCCCCGCCACCCCUGCAAGGUGUUGAGUCCGAUAAGUAUCUUGGUUUUGGAACCCUGUGGACCCGAUCAACCAGCAGCAUAUCUGCAGGGAUUUCUGGGGCAUAGGCAUGCAUAAGGCCCCAUGCAUAUACUUGGAGGUUGCACAGGUUAUUUUUUUGUGCCCUGUCCUCAGCUUCGGCCAUGCAGGUUUCCAUAGUCUCCAGUCUUGUACAUGAUCUGCCAUAUCGUUGUGUGCGCGGAGACCAUUUCCUUGCAUUUUUUCUCCAUGUGAGAUGUUCUAGUGGUCCGGUCCAGGACCUCUUUCUUUAGUUGGUCUGCUGUGGAUUGCCACGAGUGUAUGAGCUUAGAAGACAUAGCUUCCAUGGCUCGCUCAAAAAUUUAUUUUGUAAGGCUUUCGGUUGUUUUGAACACAUUCGGAGUUGCCAUGUGGUUGCUGGCAUCUGAAUCUUCAGCACAAUCUUGCAAGGGAGCCUGCGUGGCCUCGGAUGCGGAGGAUGGUUUCUGGCUGAAAACAUUAAUCUUUUUAGCUUUAGAGGUAAUUGUUUUGUCUUGUGUUGAGACAUGCUGAGAUGGGGAGAUUCUGAGGUUUCUGCGGUGUAAAUUAUCGUUAGAUCUGGAGCCCAUGUGCCAGAGAAAUUUCUUACGCGGCCAUCUUGCUCAGCGGUCAGCGGUAUACAUUUACUGUAGUUUAAAGACAGAUUAUUGUAAGUUUUAUUGCCGUGAUGUUUUCAUAUACACUUAAAGACACAAAUGUUGCCAUUCCUAGAGAAGAGAGGAUUUGAGUGUAUCGACUACCAUAAGGACAGCACUUCCUUAAAAUGGAAGACUUGAAUCUGCUGAGCAUUCUCUCAGAUUUAUAGUUUGGGUUUGUUUUUUUUUGUUUUUUUUGUUUUUUUUAGCAAAGCAUUCUUUUAUAGGUAGCCACUUAAUUUCCAUUUGCUGUUAUCUCAUUUAUAUUUUUUAUCUGCUAUGACCAUUUUGACGUUUCAUUGCAAUCUUUGUUUAGUUAAUUUGCCCUUAGGUGUGGUUCUUAGCCAUUCAAAAAAUGCAUUGCUUUUCUUCGUUGUUUAGUGCCAAAUCACUUGUUUACGGUUUUCAGCCAAUGCAGAGAUUUGUAACACGGCAACUUGUUGUGUAUAGAGACAUUACCUUAACUAUCAAAACUUUUUAAAGAAAAAUGAAAGCUGUUUUUGGGCCAAUUGAAAAAUGUCUAAAUAUGCAUUUUAUUAAUAUAUACAUUACAUAAAGUUAAUUCUACAUGUUUUGAAUUAAUGACUAGAUGGUGAUUUGAGAGGGUUUAGGUAAACAGAAAAUGUGUAUAUCCGUAGUUUCAUCUAGUAAAUUAUGUCUCCUUUGUAAGUGAAUGUGGGUAUCUCAAAUAUAUUCAUAACUGUCUUCAGCCGGGGACUUUUUUGUUUGUUUGUUUCACACCCAUGGAGUUGAGCGAGGUGCUUUAAGCAGAUGAGAUCCUGAACUCGUUCACAGCCCACUGGAGGGCUAUGAGAUCAUGAAAAUGCCAAAGCUCUGAGCAAUGCGACUUAUUCCUAGCAGCGGGAUUGUAAAGCAGAAGACAUGCAGUAUGAUCUCACCUUCUUCCCUCCCCUAUCCUCUAAACACUGGCGCACACACAAUCUUUUUCUUACAUUGUCCUCAGGGUAUUAAGCGUUCUAGGAUAGCUCUAAUCUAUUUCUGAGUCCUUAAUCAGUGUAACACAUGCUACGGUCUUUUCAUCUGUAACACAGCAGUAUAUGCAGUACUGUACACUGUGUGAUAGCACUAGUCCUUGUAUUAUGGAAACACCAACGGGUUUUGUUUAGUGCCAAGGAAACGGCAAAUCACUAGCUUACGGCUUUGAGCUGAAGCCGGGAUUUGUAACACACACCGUUCAUUCGGUAGUUAUUGAUGUCAUCAUUUAUGAAGCACUAACAAAGACUAUGACCAGUAAUACUGAACAGCAGCAAGAUGAGUGAAGUCUUUUGUAUACCUAAACACAACUUAAAACAUUAUUCUCUUAGCACUUUGAGCAAGAUGCUUACUGUUCCGGCAUGCCAACAGUUAAAGCUCUAAUAUCUAAAAAUGUAAGAGAGUUUUUGUUUCUUCAUAUUGGUAAAUUAGUCUAACAGAUUGGGAACGUAUUUAAUGUUUUAUUGUACUUUGACUUACCGAAAGUGACAUUUGUGCCUUAACUCGAAAGAUAAUUACUUAACAGCUCCCUUAGCAACAAGCGUUAAUGGCAUGGCAUAGCUGUAUACUCCAGAGCUCUGGCCUCUCGGGAAAUUGAAGAUAUUUCUCCCAAGUGCAUAAAAACCUCCUUAAAUCUGAAAUGCUCUAACGAUCACUCUUUUAACCUUUUGUUGCUGGCUACUCUUGCAAUGUAAAAUUAGAGAGAUUGUACAUGUAUGCGUAAUAUAUAUUACAAUGUAUGAACAUCAACAUGUAAAUCAUACAUUUAAAUUAUUAACAAUGAUGAACACAAUUUAAGGCCAAAAUACCCAAUCUGGAAAUAUUAUCCAUUUCAGCUUCUGUGUCUUAAAAUUUAAAAUUUACAGGGCGCGGGGCUGUCUGUCAUGGCGAGAGGUCUCAUUUCACAAGAGCUCGUACCAAAUCCCUGCCUAAAGCUCAUCAGCCAGCUCUAGUAGCCCUCCAACCGGGGUCAACAGCAUACUCCUGUACCCCCCACACUUCCUGUGGUCACUUGCUGCUGUAUGGUCAAAACCUGUAACCGCCAUUAGUGGGGCCUGGCGAGCACUCGGGAAGAGAGAAGCGGCCGAUCCCUCUGUCAGGAUUACAAGUUGAUCCAGCACGUAGAAUUGUAUCACACCUAGGAUUAAAAGGUAAUGUCUUACCGGGCCUUACAAGGGCCAGACUUAACGUACCAAAGAAUAGUCAGAAUACUUGCCGAGGUCGGGGAUACAGAAAGAGACACAACGAUGAGGGAAAGCCAAAAGUCAGGCAUACCAGAAUACAGGGAAGUCAAAUACCAGAAAUAAACGCUCAGGAACACACUCUCGGACAACCACUAAGGGAAACCACUACAGGACAAUGAGUAGAAGGAGUAGGUAAGUUUAAAUAUCCUUCUUGUGGAUCCGAUUGGCUGUAACCAGCCUUUGACUCCAUAAAAUGCGUGUGCGUUCUUUACGUGACGUCACGCACACGUCAACGUUGUCAAUACCAUGGGAGGACGUGGGGUUACAAAUUUGUGUAGAUCCGCAGCAGCCGGCGUCCAUCAACAUGCUGCAGGGGUCCGACAUAUUGACGCAUGGCCGCUGAAUGGCACUACCACACUUAUUGGCAAGGCAAUUAUAUUUAGUGUCGCAUUGUGAGGAUGAACAUGUUACACUCUCAGCCUGGCGCAGACAGGACUCCACCACGCUGAUGCCCCGCAGCCCAUCCCCUCCCUCCCCCCCCCUUUGGACCGGUGGGGUGAUCCCGGUCCCCACCCUGGAAGCUCCCCAGACCCAUCUGUGCCCUGUGGUAGAGCCGCAAUCACUGACAACACAGACAGAGGUACACUUAAAAUGGCGGACACCACGUGUUCCCUGACCUGCCUGGGAGAUAUGCCUACUAUCUCAUGCCAUCUGGACGAAGUGUUUGCUAACUGCUGGAGGAGGCUGAGGGACAGGUGGGCCCGAGCACGUUCAGUAAGUAGUCCACCCUCCGCUGGGCUUUCCGCGACUCACCCACUGCCGACCUGCACCUAUCACUGCACCACCAACCCACAAGAGGAGGCAGAGGUCAAACAAACAGGCCUCUAGGAGGCGAGCUGCCCGACCAGCACAACAACUGCACGGGGUCAGUGCAGCAAGAUGAGGUAAGGAGCAGACAACUAGAACCCCUACAAGACCAACUGCCUGAACAUGCAGCACCAAUCCUGAGGCUCUCCACAAAUCGGGAGGACUGUAACCAACCUGCUAAGGGCAUUGUCAGAAGCUAGCCAGACACCCUACAGCAUCCUACUUCACCUUUAUGCAAAUUUUGGUUUUCUUUACUUUAUCAGCAUUUAUUUUUAAAUCUGUUGUGAGCCUGAUUCUAUAAUACCCAGGGAACAGUAUAGGGUGGCCCACUCUGGGUAGUUCAAAGUUCUCAAGCAUGCCUAAAUCACUCUUUAUACCUACAUUAUCUAGCAUGUAUACUUUCAUAUAUUAUUUGACAUGCACUACUCUCCAUGUCUAGUUACCCUUAUUUGAGUCACAGCAACAGUCUAACAUAGUACCUAGAUGUGUGUCCAGACUAUUGAAAUAAUAAAAAUUUGCAGUAUUCUAGAAAUGCCAUACAAAUGUUUUACCAUGCCUUAUGUAUGUUGGCAAUUGCUGCUGGGCCAUUGCCAGCUUGUUGUAAUGCUAUGCACAGUAAAAAUAAAGAAUUUUUAAAAAUGUAAAAAAAAAAAAAAUGAAAUUUAAUGUGAAUUCUUGACCAUUCUCUGUUUUGAGUAACCCCAAAAAUGAUUGUAUAAUACUGAAAAAGAACCCCUGUUUUGACAUAAGUUCUCUGUGUACCACCUGUAAAGACUUUGCUAAAACAUAUCAACAUAUAGUCUUUCUCAAAGAAGACACCAUUUAUAUCAGCCAUUUUCGCCACGUUUAUCACAAACUUUAUAUGUUCUGACUGUUAAUAUUCAUUGUUUUACUGACACAAAAUUAUUGAUCCCACCUGUUAAAUGACUUCUGCAGUUGUAUACACACCAUUUUAUAUCCAUCUCUAUCUUUCAAUAAAUAGUGUUAAUAAAAUACUUUCAGAUUUUUACAUUGUGAAACAUUGUUGUUAAGCUGUAGUGCAUGUGACACAUACUUAAUCAACUCCUUAAAUCAUGACAUGUUGUUGGAAACCGUAGCUCUAAGGGAUAGUUGGUUUGGAAAACUUGUUACUUCUGGUACAUAACUUGGAAAGUGGUGAGAAUGACUGGCACAGAUAGCCUAUGUUUUUGCAUUCCAGAUUGGUCCAUCUGUUUUAAUGUUUACAAACUGCUUUACUGUAUUCAUAUGAUCGCCAGGUGAAUAGCCCAGUCCAUAGCACUGCUGUUCCUCAUUUCAAAUAUCCAUUAGAGUCCUAUUAUCAAAAUAAUCAAAUGUCAUGUGCUGUAUAACUCUGUCUCCAUAGGGUAAGUUUUACCUGCUAAUCGAAGAGCUCAGCCAGCUGUUCCGUUCCCUGGUGCCUAUCCAGCUGUGGUAUAAAUACAUCAUGGGCGAUGAUCCUUCAAGUACCUACUUCUUAGGAGGCAUUCUCAUCAUCUUGUACAGCCUGUGUAAGGUGAGCUAUCCUUGACUGUCUAUAUAUAACGAUAGCAGGUUUUGAAAAAAAGUGCAAAAACAGAAUGAGCAGUAAAAAGUAAAAAAUUUUGCUUUUUUUUUUUUUUUUCUCUUCCUAAAUGCUUUAUUCAUUUAAUCUAUGCACUUCUAUUCUACCAACCUUUCAGCCAAUGAAUACUGUUCAAAUCUAGUAUGAGCUGGUAUGAUAAUGUUGUAGUUUGAACUCCCCCUAUAUCAAGCCAGCUCAGAACAGAAGGACUGUUCAUCCAAUAUAGCAGUGUAAGCGUCAAACUAUUUGUAAACAAUUUGACAGAUUAUUGACAAACAGUGCCUUGGGACUCCUGGCACCAUAUCUAAUGUAAAAUGCUCUUGCUUGCUUCAAAUAGCAAAUACUCAUGUCUGUUUAAAAAAAUUGUUGUUGUUUUUAAAUCCAGUCCUUUGAUAUCUGUGGUCGUAUCGGAGGCCUACGGAAAGCACUGAGGAUUCUUUGCCACCCUCAGGUAUUUUAUUUUGAUUUGAUUAUCUUUAUUUUAAAUUUUUCUUAUUAUUUUAUAUAUUUUUAACAUACAUUUUAAUUGAAUAUAGAAGAAAAAGAACACUGCAAGUAUUCAGUAGCAUAUAUAGAUAAGAACCGGUAUAAUCAAUAUCUACCAUUACACACAGGUGUUUGAAAGUCUGAACAUUAAUUCACACCACAUAAAAUGUAUCUUGUGCACUGGAGCAGCACCCCGUCUUAAAGGGACACUACAGUCACCAAAACAACUUUUGUUUAAUGAAGCUGUUUUCGUGUAUAGAUCAUGCCCCUGCAGUCUCGCUGCUCAAUUCUCUGCCAUUUUGGAGUUGUCACUUUGUUUAUGCACUCCUAGCCACACCUCCCUACAUGUAAUCUGCACAGCCUUCUUAAACUCUUUCUGUAUAGUGAGAUCUAAUGUUUAUACUUACUUUAUUGCAAAUUCUGUUUAAUUUCCAAUUUUGUAUCUCCUGCACUGUUGAUGGUUUGAUAGACCUUGCACGAGCCUCUUGUGUGUGAUUAAAGUUCAGUUUCAGGAUAUGUAACUUCUAAUGUAAGUUAACAUCUGAUUAAAAAUUAAACCAUUUUUAUGCAAGCUGUCAGUCACAGCCUGGGAGGUGUGGCCAUGGCUGCGUAAACAGAAACAAAAGUGAUUUAAAUAACAGAUAAUUAAGCAAUGAGACUUCAGGGGUAUGAUCUAGGCACAAAAACGGUUUCAUUAAGCUAAAGUUGUUUUGGUGAUUAUAGUAUUCCUUUGAGUACACAAAAAGUAAGAGGUGUGAAAAAAAGGUUUGAAAAGUAGGCGUUGGGGAUAGAAGAUGGAUUAUUAUAAAACAAUGGUGGAGCGAAAGGUUAUUGUGAAGAACUAUUUUUCUCUUCAGAAUUUCCAAUUCCAUUGAAGCAUAUUCAUACCAAGCAGCUCAAAGCCUAGCAUUUUCUACUCUGUCAAUCAAUUGUUGUACUACAUGCAUUAUCCAGGCAGGGGCAAUGAUUUUGCAGCAUUUAGUAAAGGAUCUUUGUAAUACUAGAUAUCGGGCCGUUUGUAUGAUGCAAGAGCAUUAAAUUCAGUUUGAAUGGUGCUGGAAUACCCACAACUGCUCAGAGCUGAUAGAGUGCAAAUACAAUGCUUUUUUUAUAACUCCAAAUAAUCACUUGCAAUUUAUUUUUUUGUAUCUUAUACUCAUUGGCCCUUGAUACAACAGGUCAAAGAGUGAGAUAAAUGCAUAGGUCAUCUUCCCAUUUAAUCUUAGAAAGGAGCAUAACCAGUUCUGGCUACAGAACCACAUGUUUGAAAUACCAUUUUCAAUAUACUUGUGUUUGUCACAAAUCUGUUUAAACUCUCAUUUGUCUAAAGAGGUCUUGGUAUAAGCGUAUAGGGUAUGUAGUACCAUCAGGGCAUAGCAGAAUCACUCCAGCCUAGAGGAUUAGCCAUUUAGAAGCAGGUCCCCAGAAUGCUCAACCACAUUUGGUCAUAUAGAUGUCUCAAUCAUUUGUGGUUUCCCUAUCUUUCAAAAGAAGUUAUAAUCAUAAAGCUUAUUUACAUCCUGAAUUAACUAAAUCCCAAAUACUCUAAGGGGCCUAUACAUCAAGCAAAUGGGAUUGCUGAUUGCACCCAUUGCUUCUGGUACUGUGGCAUUCAAAAUCUCAUACUUGUAAGUAUUGAGAUUGUGUGUGAUGUUGCUCUACGAAGUACAUCAUCUACAAAUGCAGACACUUUCAAGGUUAUUACUAAAGUGAGAAUUGUUAAAUUUAAUAGCUGACCUGGAAGCAUGGCUGAUUUGGAGAGUUGUUGCAGUUUGGCUACUUUGGCCUUAAAUGUAAAAUUUGAAACAAUUCUUAUUUUGGUAAAUGACCCUGUUUACAUUCUGUGUUUCCUGUGCUGGGAAAUAGAGAUGUUAUCUUUUCUCUACAUUGUGGCCAUGAAGGUUUCAAGAUUUUAUAAGAAAGAUGACAAUGGUUAUCCUAGUCUGGUGUCUCUCCAAAUAUGGACUUUGGACAACAGGGUAUAUUGAUCCCCUGGUUCUACAUACAAUAACUCCACCAGUUUGCAAAUAUUACACCCCAACCCAUAUGACUCAAGUUAAUAUGCAUAAAGCGCCAGUCUGCCUAGUGAAAAGCCUUCUAUAUAAUCUUAUAUAACCGUAAUUAGUGUCUAUUGGGUUCUUUGAACAAAUACAUUUAAUUUAUUAUUAUCGCCAUUUGUAUAGCUCCAACAGAUUCCGUAGCGCUUUACAAUAUUAUGAGAGGGGGGAUUUAACUAUAACUAGGACAAUUACAAGAAAGCUUACAGGAACGAUAGGUUGAAACGAGCAUACAGUCUAUCGGAGGUGGGAUGUAAAACACAAUAGGACAGGAAAUAGCAAUCAAAUAAGAUGGGAGUGAAGCAGAGCUGGAGGAGAGAGCAAGUAUGUAAGGUAGAGGUUACUUGAUGUUCUUAUUGUUUUGUCUCUUGACCCGGUAUAAAACCAGAUUUAUCUAGGUGAGCUAGGGCCCAGUGACCCAUCUAAAUCUUUAUGAUGAAUUCCUUUAAACAAAAAACUGUUGGUCAACAUGGAGUAUGGAAAUUGAAUUAGAACACUGGGCAAGUUUCAGGUCCUUAUCCUCCUUAGUAUGGUUGGUAAUGUGUGCAGGAGAAGUACCUCUGUGAAAAGUCCCAUUCUCUUAGACUGAGUUGAGGACAAAGAUUCUCACCACACAAUUUAUAAUAUUUCAAGGUUAGAAGUAUAAUUAAGAUUUGCAGAGCAUUUCAUUUCUGACUUCUAUGUUUGAUGCCUCGUUUCCUUGCUAUCACACCUGUACUGAUAAAGCAAAAAUUUGUGCCAUGUAGUAUUGGAUAUCAUUCUCUCGUUUGCUUUCUUUAAUUUGAAACUUUGUGAUAUACACACUUAAUCCUUUGUGUGGUUCACCUUAGCACGAGAUAGUGUAGUAGGUGUACAUUAUGAUAUGAUGCUAUAUGGUGGUUAAUGCCUUAGGUUCGUGUCUAAAGAUACUCUAUUGAUUCAACCUCCUGACCUCAUCUGAUUACUUAAGUACUUAUGUUUUUGUGUAUUUUCCCUACCUUAAUGCCUCCAAAACACACUCCGUGUAAUGGGAUUAUAUAAAUAAAUAAUUAGGUUUCUCUUCUCUUUAACCUUUUCUUGUCCAAGCAGAAGUAUGGAGUCCGUGCCACCAGCCAGCAAUGCAGUGAAGCAGGUGAUAUCUGUGCCAUUUGCCAAGCAGACUUCAAAGAUCCAUUGAUCCUGAUUUGCCAGGUAAGAUUUAUUUAGAUUUGUACUUUAUUUUCUGUCUCCAAUUCAAAGAAAAUCUACAUUGUAAAUCAGUUAUAUUGUUAUUAGAGUGACCUUUUGCUGGCAGAGGAUUGAGCAGUACACACAUUGUUUGCCCCUAAAAAGUUUACAAUAACUCUGUUUUUUAACCCCUUAAGGACUAAACUUCUGGAAUAAAAGGGAAUCAUGUCGUGUCCUUAAGGGGUUAAACACAUGAGCGAUUCCCGUUUUGCUAGAUUGUCUGUUUUUCCAUGCAUCCAGGCAAACGUUACUGAACAUAAGAUAAUAUUUAGUUUUAUAUACAUUUUGCUAACUGUUUGACUGGCACAGUGUAUAUGUAAGAUUAUUAGGUACAAUCACAAGUAAAGUUUAUAGAAACAUUUUGCUUGCAUAUAACUCUGUGUUUGUAGUAUACUACAAGAAACCGUUUCACUCUUUUAUUCCAUAACAUCAGGUAACAAAGAAAUGUGGGCUAUUGAGACAUUACUACCUAGUUAUUAAUCCCUCACCCCACUGCACAUUGUGUGUACUAAGAUGCCUUCUCUCGUUGCAAUGAGAAGUUGAUUCUUAUUAUGUCUUUAGUGGAUAUAAAGAGGUUUAGCAGAGACCUGCAUGUUUUCUUAUUUAAAGAGGGGACCAAGAUGCCAGUCCUGGGAACUCCAUAUUUUUUAUGUGUGUGCAUGUAUGGGAAUGAGGGCUUUGUACAAAGAAAAUAAAGAAAUGGAGGAUGCAACAAGGAACGGAAAGGAAUGGUGUACUGAACAGUGCAAUAGCCUAUAUAAAACUUAACAUUUAAUGAGUCAGAUAAAAAGUCCAACUAAUGGACUGGAAAAAACAAGAUUAACCGCAAACAAAAAAAAUAGUACUAUAAAAAGAAUAUAAAAAACGACUAGGAAAAGUGUGGGCUGACACCUUGAUACACUCUUGUGGGAGCACGAGAUAAACAAAAUAUGGAUAAAGGUGUCAAGCCUCUUAAAUAGUUUAGUGCAGGAAAUAGUUGAGAUAAACCCACUCUAAAUACUAGCAAGUAAUAGUAGAAUACUGUAUCAAUAGCCCAGCAAGAUUUUGUGUACAGGAGUGUAUAUGGCUAACCAGAGCAGAUAGGGGUGGUAUACAUAUCUCUAGUAUUUAGAGUGGGUUUAUCUCAACUAUUUCCUGCACCAAACUAUUUGAGGUUUGACACCUUUAUCCAUAUUUUGUUUAUCUCUUGCUCCCACGAGAGUGUAUCAAGGUGUCAGCCCACACUUUUCUAGUGGGUUAAUAUAUUUAUUUGUAUGUGUGUCAAUUUUUAUAUUCUUUUUAUAGUACUAUUUUUUCAUUUUUGUUUGCGGUUAAUCUUGUUUUUUCCAGUCCAUUAGUUGGACUUUUUAUCCGACUCUUCAAAUGUUAAGUUUUAUAUAGGCUAUUGCACUGUUCAGUACACCAUUCCUUUUUGUUCUUUGUUACAUCCUCCAUUUUUUAUACCUACACAAAAUGCAGGUUAUGGUGCGUGAAGUGUUCCUUUAUCAAAAUGUAUUACUAGUUUAAAGGAACAUGACAAACGCCAUAACCACUAUACCUGGGGUCCAAAGAGUGCCCAUACCCUCUCCACUACACCUGCAGAAGAUUUAGACACUCCUACCCAGGAGAUUCUAUUAGCUCUCCAGAGCUAAGCCCUUUACCUCCAAGCUUAGCUGAGACAGAGAGCUUCUGGCUUCCUGUAGCUGUAGUGGAGGCAAAGAAGCAGUGCCAAAUGGACCCAAGAUAAGAAUUUACACCACUUUAAUAAGGUUUAAUAAUUUAGCACCAUAUCCAGUACAGUGUGCUGUAGUGGUUAUCAUGUUUGGAGUGUUCCUUUAAGCAGGGCACAGUCAUUUGUACUGCUAUUGGUUUCUGACUGGAUAGUGACAUGUUUUAUAUGUGUUAGCCAAAAGUAUAAUGUUUAACCUGCUAGCAGACAAGUCAUAUCACUUUAUUUUCCAAUUAUAUUUAUUUAUACAAAACUUUGACAGCAAUUUUGAUGACCCAGAUUUUUUUUGCAAGAAUACUUCGAAAUAAUAAUACAAUUCUGUAAUAUUUCUGUAAUGUUGAGAUUUACAUAGUUAACAUGGUUUAUUGUGCUCGUAUUUACCACUACAAGGCAGUUCAUGGUCUGUUUCAUGUUUUACACUGAUGUCUUCAGGCUUUCUGAACAAUGUCUUCUCCUUUCCCACAGCAUGUGUUCUGCGAGGAAUGCUUGUGCCUUUGGUUUGACAGGGAGCGAACUUGUCCUCUCUGCCGCUCUGUUGCAGUGGAAACACUUCGCUUAUGGAAAGAUGGCUCCACAUCUGCUCACUUUCAGGUCUACUGACACUGCAUGUUAAUUUAUGCAUAAAAUGCCGUAUAUAAGACUAUCUUCUCUAACCACAAAGAGCCUAAUGACCAUUUCUGUGGUUUUCCAUUGGUGAUGAUGUUCUAAUUGCCGUACUCAUGAACUUUGAAGAGCUGAACCUGUGAUUAAAGAUCCCUAAGCCUGUUGGUCGAACUUGAGCUGUGCAAAUCAUUAUUUCUAUUAUAUGGGUUUGUGAUUUAUUCUACCAGUUUUUCCGGCACACAUGCUAGUGAUUAAAAAGUUUAGUUGACUGGAUCCAUUGAGGAGCAUUGACAAUCAGUCAGGAAGUAUGCUAACGCCUGUUUGUGUUGUCUCUCUGUAUAUCGUUAUUAUAUGAACACUUUGCAUGCAUGACUUGUAUCAAUGAGAUUUGUGGCACGGUACAUUCUAAUGCAGAUAUCUAUCCUGCAAACACUCUUUCUUCAUGUAGUUGCAUUUGUUAAACUCAGUGGUACCAAAUGUCUCAACAGAUUAUUUUUGCUGUCGUGUUGAAAUAAAAAAAACCAUUUUUUACAAAAACAUUCCUAACUAGAUUAUUAGACUCCCGCUACUGUGGAGCUAUGUUUUAACAUGUGCAUUAAGUGACUGAGCAUCAUGGAAGUUUUACUGACAUUAGCUAGCAAACUACUGUGCUAAUUUG